GGGAGUGUAUUUAUCCGGGAGUCCCUGACUUGGUGUGGACGUAUAUUUAUUUUUGGAAGGUAUGUGGGUUUUGUUUAUUUGAAAUAAUGCAGAUAUUUGUUCUUUAGGGGGUCGAUCCUGCAUUCGUUUUGCAAAGAGGGGCAAAUGCAGAGCAUUCUAUCUGGAUAUUUUAUUUCUUCUUAGGAAGAGGGGGCGGGCAUUGGCUUUACAUGCUGAAAAGAGAGGAUGUGGACGGCUCUACAUUGACCCCCCUCAAUAAAUAUAGAUUUCACUUUCUCUCCCAGAGAAGCCCUGGGGAGGGGGUGGGAAGGUAAAAUGCCCCAGGAGUAGAGCUCUUGGCAAUGUAACUAUAUAGGAGAUCCAUGCCCAUUGCCACAUGCAGGAGUCUUAUUUUUCUUCCGUGUCUGUAUGAAAAACCAUCAAGGAUGUGGAUCGUUCUUGGUGGCCCUUUAAUAGGUGAAAUGUCUGGGGCCAGGAACUGAUUGUCUGGCUUUACACAGCACUGGCAAUGAACGGGUUAAACUUUUUGUAUGCAGCCUCCCCAUCGACCCUUUUAGGACAGGGAUGUCGAAGUAACCCCCCCCCCCCCCGUCCAUGUUUGGACUACUAGGACUCCCUAUGUCUGGGAGAGGGUGAUGGGAGUUAUAGUCCCCUCCCCCUUACAGGAGAUGCUGUGUGCACUGUGCCAUUAUGUGCCAUGUGGAUAGACAGAAUGGACCUCUAACGAUGGGAAUAAAGUGCCAGCGAUGGGGUGCUUCAAUCCUCAAUACAGGGCAUGUCUCCGGUUAAUCCUUUAAUGCUAGUUAUUCCUUGCUGGAAGUGAAAUGAUCCAUACAAGUCCAAUGAGGAUGCUAUGAGCAGGGGUGAGGGGAGAGGAUUUACUAGCCACCAUGGCAAGUCACCUUUCCCCAGCAGCCCCUGGGACCAGUACACUGGCUGGAUGGGUCUUCCUGGCUGGGUGUUUUUGUGUGCAUGGUUGCUGGGGGGAAAAGGGGCAGACAUGGGACUACAGAAAGCCUUUUCUAUGAGGGGGAAGGGGGGGUCCAUCCAAACCAUGAAUAUCCUGUAUAGUGCAGUGCACACUUACAGCUAAUACAGGACCCUCAGCAUGAUGUGCUUCCCUGCAGUAUAAAGAAUUAACAUGCUGCUAGCCAGCUGGGCUCCAUAGAGACUGCUCUCUCUCCAGUCCAUUGAAUCCCCUCCUGCAGGGUAUGAAUGCCACAGGGACAGGGCAGAGAGAUGUGCCCAGGAAAACAUGGUGGAUCCCUAAUCCAAGGCAGCCUUGUCCUGGGGGGGUGGGGGGGGGGGAUGUUCCAGUUUGUACUGCACUACAUCUCCCACAAUGCUCAGCCAGCCAUCUGGUGUUUUAUUCAGAGGUGUCCCUCCCCAGGCCCCCUGAUAAUGGUUUUAAUAGCUCCCUAUAGCAGGUUUUACAGUGCCUUCCCACCCUCCAGCCCAUGUUUAUCUGACUACAUCUCCCACAAUGCUCAUCCAGCCAUCUGGUGUUUUAUUCAGGUGUCCCUCCCCUGGCCCUCUGAUAAUGGUUUUAAUAGCUCCCUAUAGCAGGUUUUACAGUGCCUUACCACCCUCCAGCCCAUGUUUAUCUGACUACAUCUCCCACAAUGCUCAUCCAGCCAUCUGGUGUUUUAUUCAGGUGUCCCUCCCCUGGCCCUCUGAUAAUGGUUUUAAUAGCUCCCUAUAGCAGGUUUUACAGAGGCCCAUGUUUAUCUGACUACAUCUCCCACAAUGCUCAUCCAGCCAUCUGGUGUUUUAUUCAGGUGUCCCUCCCCUGGCCCUCUGAUAAUGGUUUUAAUAGCUCCCUAUAGCAGGUUUUACAGAGGCCCAUGUUUAUCUGACUACAUCUCCCACAAUGCUCAGCCAGCCACCUGGUGUUUUAUUCAGAGGUGUCCCUCCCCUGGCCCUCUGAUAAUGGUUUUAAUAGCUCCCUAUAGCAGGUUUUACAGAGCCUUCCCUCCCUCCAGCCCAUGUUUAGCUGUGAAGCUGGUAAUCCCCAAUUAAAUCACACAGUCCGGCUAAAAACGAGUUAAUCCAGUCACCCAGCUCAUUGAUGGUUUGUAUUGAAGGCGCCAUUGGUUUAACCCUACAAACAGCAGUGAGUGCCGCGCUGGGGAAUCAUAUGGCUGCACAGGCCCUCUCUCUCCCUCGCCUUGUGCAGCAGCUGUUUACAAGCAAUCCCCCCCCCCAGCGCUCUUGGCGUAACACUGAUCUGCUACUAUACAACGACGCUACACUCAUGGCGUACUUAGAGUACUGAAUACCACCGCCUACGUGCUUUGACUUCACUCCCCUCAAGCCCCGCCCCCUUGCGGCGCUAUUGGUCCCGUUAUAACCACGCCCAAUCAUUGCAUUGAUUGGUUCAACGUGUAGAACCUCCCCCUCUUGCUGGCAUCUUGUUCUACACCCCCUGGUUUCCCUUCCGUGUUGGGCGUGUUUAUGCAGCGAGGGGCGUGGUUUCUGUGACAGGCGGUCUUUUUUUCCAUUCGGAAGCGGAAGUGCAUGUUAACGGAGCGAUUUGAUUGGCUGCGCGCAUGUGUAGAGUCCACCCUUUUAAAUACCCGGAAGUGCAGUCCAAUGGCGUGCUAGGGAAUUCAAUAGGGGCGGGGCUUGCGAAGACUGGGGCUAGGCUAGGAACAAAGAGGCAACGCUAGUCCUUCAGUAGUGGCAUUGAGGGCAGAGUGCCUGUGUGCGCAGGGCUCUGCUAUGGCUACAAAUGUACUAUUUCUGGAUAUGACACAUAUUGAGUGACAUGUGGAAUGAACUGGGACUACUGUAGAAGUGACAUGUGUAGGAUUAAAAACAAAAUAAUAAUAAAAAUUAGUUUAUUCUCUAAACACAGAAUUGUGGUGAAUUAAAUGGCAAAUGCCAAAGUUAAGGUUAAAAUAGCCAAGCAUCUGUAUUUUGGAGAAUUUCUCUACAUGAAUUGUUUUGCCUAAAUUUUAAUGUUUCAAAUUUAUUUUUUCACUACGAUUCAGCGUUUAGUAAAUGAAUCUCAGUGAGUUGGGAAAAAAUUUCUCUGGUUUGGUAUGUUGGAUUUACAAUUUCAGUUGUUAAAUCUCCGUAAUUACUGGAUUAGCUGCCAGAUUGGCUAUUUUAACUUGAUAAUUGUUUAUUGGAUGUCAAAAUGUCAGCAGAGUGCAGACAGUUUGGCAAUUUUGGGCUAAAUUUUGCAGUUCAGCUUCAAAUUGGCCACUAUAUGCUGCUUAGUGAAUAAGGCCUGGAAACGGAUUAACUACUUACUUUUACAAUAUAUUGUGUUUUACAUUGAUGUAUAAGCUGUUGUGGACCAAGAGAAAAUGGCUUGGAAUGUAAUCCACAAACUUUACAUAUCAUUAGAUCAUAUAAAAGACAGUAAGAACCGUUGGUUUAGUCUGGCAAAGUAUCAAGGGGUUGUAGUUCCACAACAUCUGGGCAUCUAACUUUUGGCUGUCCUUGCGCCCUAAACUUGAGGAUCCGCUAAUUAACGUUCUAAAGUACAGCACAAAAUGUUAAGAAAUGUUGUUUUGGAAAAUGGCCUGUUAAGUACGUUAAAAUAGCUUCUGUUUUUGAUGCAAAUGAUUUCCAUAUCUCGUACUAGGGUAAUACACACUGAUGCAAAUGUGCUAGAUAUUGUCCGAUCAGAAAAUAGCACCUGAGGUUACAUUCCAGAAUGGGAUUCCAGUAAGUAUGUUCUCUCCUUUAUCUUUAUUUCACACAUUUCAGGCUUUCUUGAACCUGUCACAUCUCUGGAUUUGUGAAAUGCCAAAAUCUUAAUGCCAGGUUAACUUUACUUCCUUAAGUUGACCUCAAUAGCCUGCAAUUAUCUUCAGACAUACUAAAAAUAAAAUUUUCUUCCACUUCCACACCAUUGUGAUGGUAGAUGAAAGAGACAGAUGUGGGCCUUUGCAUUUGGUCUUAAAGUUAGGUCUAAUGUUGGCAUUUUAUUGUCACUUAAUCACGUUUUAUAUAACACUUGUAUUUUGCAUUAAAUUUAUUGUAAUGUUUAUGUUGGCGAGAAAACAUUAAAGUAAAUGUGUAUUAUUUAGUUACCAGCCUGUUUUAGGACUUCUAGUAUUAGCAUGUAAUUGCUACUGAAAUUCAAAUGAUUAUCAUGGAGUUGUCAAAGAUCUACAGAUCUGAUCCAUAUGUUGGAAAAAGUGAAGCUAUGCAAAUAUUACAUGGUCACACUUUGUUUCGCUCAGUUUACACCAAAUGUGUGAUUUAAUUAAAUAAAUCCUGUGAUGGUGCAAUUUAAAUCCUAGUAAUAAAAUUGUGCCAUUGUCGCAUUUACAAUCUACACGCCAAAAGCCAAAUUUAUUACACUAAUCUGGGAAUGUGGUUAAACAUACUAACGCUUUUGGAUAUUUGGGGUGGGGGGGGGAAUGGAAUGUUAAGUGGUGUAAUUUUCUAAUGACAAAUUGCAUUACAAAUGCCAUUUCUCAUGAAUGGAUUCCACUACCAAGAUACUUAUAUGCUCAAUCAGGAUAUAGACAUAUAAGAAGAGACCAUCAGCAGAUCUAGAUCAAGAGAAGGGUGAGGAGAAAUUUUGUUAUUACAAGGUAGUGUGUUAAAGGAACUGUUAUUCAUAAAAUCCAUGUGGAUGGCCAAGAUGAAUGUCAAAAUGCUGCAGUACUUAUGCAUUUUUUACUCUAAAGCAAUGCAUGUUUCUCUAUCCUUAUAAUGAGGGCUCCCAGUGACGAUUUUGUUGGGUAACCUUCAGUGCGUGUGCGCUGUUGAAUAAAAUAUACAGUUAUUGAUUAACUCAUUAAACGAAUUCUAGUGAAUCGAAAUCCGAAUUGUAAAAUAAAGGCAACUGGCUGCUUUGGAGAAGUUCUCCAUCCUCUCUAUAGUCACAGCUUAGUUAUUUAAUCCAUAAUUUAGCUUCAAGCAUACAAACUUAACAGGGUUAUUUUAGAGUGAACUGCCAGAAUUCAACAAAGUAGCUGAACUAAAAUAUAUGGGGAACUUUUAUAUCCGCUAUUUGGACCUAAAAUUCGCCAUAAAGUUCCAAUACCUUAGUGAAUAACCCUGAAAGUAAACGUCAAAUGAUGGGCCAUUAUUAUUUUAUGUUUUGGGGCGAAGAUAUAAAAUUCACUUUGACGUGCUGUACUUUUACUCCUGAUUGUAGCAAGUGAGUAUCUGAAUGGCGUCAUUUAGGCAAAAAUAUCGGCGUUAACCCCUUAAGGAUACAUGACAUGUGUGACAUGUCAUUAUUCCCUUUUAUUCCAGAAGUUUGGUCCUUAAGGGGUUUAAUAAACUUCCCAAAACCCACUGUUUUUGGUCACUUAUUUUUUUUUUUAUUUUUUUAUUCUAGUUUCAAAAAUAAAUGUGCUGCCAUUCAGAGUUUAUUGAAUAACCCUGGCUGCGUAGAAGAGCUGAGGCAAUGUUUAUCUAUUGAAUUAUUUCAGCCUGUGAAAUGCUAAUAAUGUAAUGGGUUACUGGGUACAGUAUACAGUAUCCCUUCCUGGGUAUAUUUGCUCUGUAAGUGGCCAUGUGCCACCUCCUGUGUCCCUAGAUCACCCUGGCCAUGUUGUCCCUGCUCUGCCAGUCUGUGAAGCCCCUUAUAACCGGUUGUUGGUAAUCCCCCUCAUGUAAUGUCUGUGUGUUCCUGUUGCCCUUCCUCCCCUGUCCCCGGCUAUGCUCAGCCCCAGUCUUCUCCCUCUCAGUAUGUAAACAUGACACCAGUAGGAGGAGCUACCCUUGGGGAGGCGUGGUUUGGGAUCAGCCUACUUCCCUGAUGCCAGCCAAUCGGAUGUAAAGGGGGCGGUGCCAAUUGUUUUUCCCCCCUCCCUCUCUCUCGCUACAGUGUGCGGGGCUUUCUCCCUUUCAUUCCAUUGACGGCCAUUUUCCGCUCGCGCCUGCCUUGCGAGAGCUCCGGGCAGAGGGGGCGUGGCCUGCAGGGUUCUAUUCCUUUCGUUGCUACGCCCCCAGGACGCUUUACCUCGAAGCCCAUUGGCUGCCGGCCUUGAUAGGCGACGUUCUGCGGCCAAUGGGAUGUCGCGUACGGUGGCGCCCGACGCGGGGUGUUGGAGGCGGGAUUUCCCCGGUGACAGAGGAGCGGACUGGCGGUGACCGGAGCUGGCCGUGAAUGCUCCUUCCCGGGGUAAGGCAGUGGGAUACCCGGCCGCAUGGCUAGUUAGCGGGGGAGGGGCGGCCGCCAUGGGGGCAUGCCGGUAACGGGCUGGGGGUGCUGUGUGCUAUGGGGAUGCCGGUAACGGCUGGGUGCUGUGCUAUGGGGGAUGCCGGUACCGGGGGCGCUGUGUGCUCUGGUGGGGGCGCUAUGUGCUAUGGGGAUGCCGGUACCAGGCUGGGGCGCUAUGUGCUAUGGGGGAUGCCGGUACCAGGCUGGGGGCGCUAUGUGCUAUGGGGGCAUGCCGGUACCAGGCUGGGGGCGCUAUGUGCUAUGGGGCAUGCGGUACCAGGCUGGGGGCGGGGGCAUGCCGGUACCAGGCUGGGGGGGGGCGCUGUGUGCUCUGGACGGAUACCGGUACCGGGCUGGGGGCGCUAUGUGCUAUGGGGGGAUACCGGGCUGGGGGCGCUGUGUGCUCUGGAGGGAUGCUGGUAACGGGCUGGGGGAUGGAGAGAAGCCCACACCGGGGCUUGGCACGGGGGUAUAUGGGGCAGAGCUGAGGGCAGUUACAGCACAGCUGGAGAGACAUGGUGGAGGAGCAGGGGACACAGGGUGGGCAUGGUGCGGCACUGAGCGAGCUGACUGGCCACCGUGAGAGGGUAUGGAGGGGGCAUAAGGCUGACCGGGUGGGCAUAGAUUGGACACAGCUGGCUGAUAAGGCACAUGGUGGGGGCACCGGUGGGCAUUGUGGGCCAGUGAGCAGGCUGAUGGGCAUGGGGUAGUGUGGGAGUACAAGGGAUGCAGUGUGCGGUGGUUAUAGCUGAGGCUACAGGUGGUAUAGUGAGGCAGUAUGAAGGUUUAAGGGUCGCAUGGUGGGCAGAGUGCGGUGGUUAUGGUGGAGAUGCUGAGGUCACAGGUGGGAUGGUGGGCAGUGUGAAAUUAAGGCGUAGAUGAGUAUUUUAUGCUACUGUGCAGGGACCACAGGGUGGGCAUGGUGGGGCAGGGGACACGGUGGGCCUGGAGAGGCAGUAUGCAGAUGGACCACCAGUUGGGCAUGGGGGUGCUGGGGCACCUUGAAAAGAAAUAUUGAGGUACAGUGGCCCUUAGAAGGAAGGGCAUUGUAUGUCAGUGUGUAGUGGCAUGAUGCGGGUGCAUAAGCCACAAGUGCUAUAUCUAAAUUCAAGCCUUUAUCAGCAUUUGGCACAUAGUGACAUUUCUCAUGACAAGAUGGGUAUCAUUCUGGAGCAAUUUGUGAAGUGGUAAGAAUAACUAUUGGCUUGCACAGUAUUUGCUCCUUAUAUAGUACUUUGCAGUGAAUCCUUAAUAUAUUUACUUUGGGAAAGAAGUUAUGGAGUACGUUAAGGGAAAUGACCACUCUUCCCUCUUUUUUUUUUUUUUUUGUGUGCUAACUAUGGCACUCUUGGAGUUAAGCCUCACUGCACUCCCUGUACAGCAACACCCAUAUUCAUAUAACUAAAAUCGGACGUUUCCAAACUGUAAUGACUAUGAUGUUAACCCCGCAUUAUAAAUGGUGUAAGCUGCCCCUUCCGUCUCACAUCCCACCCCCUCAGCUCAAUGCCAGGACUCUCCCACUGUGAUUAGCUCCUCACUCUGUUCAGCCCAUUAAAUGCCCUGCUGCUGUCAGGCUACAUUUGAAGCCCUUCAGACACACUGCCCUCAAUAACCUCUCUACUGACCAUAUCACAUGUAUAAUAUAAUACUCUUUUUUUUAUUUUUCCCCUUCAUAAUGUAACAUUUAAUGGGGUUCAAGUUUGAGUUUCAAUUGUUUCUUCUUAUCCUUUGCUAAAAUAUUAGAGGAACUGUAUAAAUAUAUUGCAACGUAAAGUUUUCAAAAGUGUGCAUGCAUACAGUGUAAAAUCAUGAUUAAUUUUUUUUGUAAAAAAUAAUUUGGGAAACUGCUGAUCUCCAAAUCCAGUGCUUCUUCAAUAGAGAAACAUUGUGAGACCUUAUGCGCAGAAAUUGCCUUGGGGUGCCAAUCAGCAUCUCAUCAUGGAAAAGCUUUAUACCAAUACAUCUCUAGGGUGUGUUUGUAAUCUUCAUGCAGAGCUUGAAAAUGCCAAUCGCUGGUCCUGCAAUGAUUAGACCAUAAAUCUGUCUGACAGCCACUAGCUUUGGUGCAAAAGUAAAAAAAGUCUCUUUGCACCAAAACCGCUACAUUAGGCUUUAGUGGUUCUGGUGCUUGGAGUAUGCCUGUUAAAGUGUAAAGAUGCUGAAAUGGUUUUAGAGCAUACUAUAAAUGCUGUUGCAACAUCUAGAUACCCACUGUCAAUACUGUGGACAAACAGUGCUGUUAUGGAAGAGUGGAUUAGUUAUUGCCUUGGAAAUCAAUGGAAUGUUCAAAUGUCCAGUGGUUUCCAUGGUGACUGCUCCACUUUCAGAACACAAUAAAUGAGAACAUGGCGUCCAAAUAUGAAUGAAGUGGAAUUCCUUAUUAGCAGUCCAGCAAAUGAGGGCCAGACUGUGGGUCCCUUGGCAACGCUUCAGUUUGAUCCAGAAAUGGGACUGUGGCAACAGCCUACUAAUACUAUAAUCACAACCACUCAUUGUAGUGGUUAAAGUGUAGUGUCUCUUUAGGGUCUGUCAUCCAGAUUAGUGUCAACUAUUUUCAUGUGUAUUGAUGCCAGGUUACUUUGCUGAGUCUAUACUCAUGCGGAAGAGAACUUUAUCAUUGGCAAUCCUGCUUUAGACCACAACAAUAGGCAAGGGGAAUUGGGAUACCCCACUUGCUGUCAGACGGAAGUUCUAAAUUGCUCAAUAAAUUGCUCUCACUAAAUUGUGUGUUGAAAGUUGUGUAUUGACAAAACCCAAUUUAAAGGGCUGGCAUUUAGCCAUAGAGAGCACCCUGGUUUUUGGAGGGAUGCUCCACGGUCCCCAAGAUACAACACUAUGCCUUUGUGGCCAGCAUGCCGGUGUUUAAAUGUAGUGACACACUACUCCCCAUCAAGUGCUAGCCGUGCCACUGAGGAAGCCACCCUAACAACCACAGUGCAUGUGCUGUGGGUACUUAUGGUGGAGAGCACAAGGACUCCCUGUGGGAGGUCUCUUCUGCUGUCAUUUAUCGAUAAAUUCCUUGGCAUAGAAGCAAUGCUGAAGAAUGGACUCAUAGGUGGGAGAAAAUACUAUUUAAAUCGGUUUUCCUCCUAAUCUAUUAAUUUGCUCGCUAGCACACUGUACAAAUGAAAUUCAGUGGUCCUUUUAAAAAGAGCUAAAGUAGUUUUGGGCAUGAUGGCUAUCCUGAUAUUAAAUUAAGCAUCCCCUGGAACCUUUCUUUUAAAUUGCAGGUUUCAGCUACUUCCUAGUAACCUUCUGCAAAACUUGGGUAGUUGCAGCAAAUGCAGGAACUACAAAUAGUGUUUUUCUGAUCAUUAAUUUUUUUUAAAUAACUGAAGACAUUAUCCAUAAACCUCUUAAAGGACCACUAUAGUGCCCCCACCCUCAGGGACCCCCUCCCGCCUGGCUCUGGAAAGGGGUAAAAACUUACCUUUUUCCAGCGCUAGGCGGGGAGCUCUCCUCUUCCGAUCCUCCUCCUCUACUCCCAUUCGUCUGAAUGCGCACACGCGGCAAGGGCUGCGCGCAUUCAGCCGGUCGCAUAGGAAAGCAUUUACAAUGCUUUCCUAUGGACGCUUGCGUGUUCUCACUGUGAUUUUUCACAGUGAGAAGCACGCAAGUGCCUCUAGCGGUUGUCAAUGAGACAGCCGCUAGAGGCUUUGGAGGAAGGCUUAACCCAUUUAUAAACAUAGCAGUUUCUCUGAAACUGCUAUGUUUAUAAAAAAAUGAGUUAACCCUAGCUGAACCUGGCACCCAGACCACUUCAUUAAGCUGAAGUUGUCUGGGUGCCUAGAGUGGUCCUUUAAGGACUUGCUGAAGUAUCAGCACAUCACAGAUAUUAGCCCUGAUGGACCAGUGACAUGCUAAUAUACUGUGACAAAAGUCACUCUUACCGGUUUUAUUUUUUCCUGGCUUAUGAAGUCAAAGUAAAAAGUGCAUGCAGGGGAACUUUCUGUGUCUGCCUAACAUGAGUCAGGCUUGUGAGUGUACUGCUUGCCCCCACCCCCUUUAAAAAAUGUGUUUUAACCAGCUGAUUACUAGGAUCCUUUCAAGUCUUCUUAUUAACAUAACAAAACAAAACCUCAAUGGUCUCAUUGCUUGGGGGUAGGUGUGGAAACUGCCAGUGUCCCCACCCAACUGCCUUUUUUUAUUUUCUUUGCAACACCUUAAUCAGUGUAAUAUACUUUCAAAAGCUAAAAUGUUCUAAUAUCCAUAGUAUUUUAAACCAUAAAAUCAAUUUUUACAGUGUGUGAUCUGUAGAAGCAAUAAACCACAAAAUCAUUCAAUCUCUUCUGUAGUAGUUUUGUAAAGUUGCAAGUUUUACAAGUUGUGCAAAAAAACUGGCUCAGUAUGCAUGUUGGGAAGGACUUGGGGAGGGUAGAAUUUGCUAGUUAAAGAAAAAAAUUGAAGUAGGAGGGAGUGAGUAGCCAUCUUCCACUUGCAAACUCUGUGUGCAAGAGGAAGAUUUUUACAUCUGUCGGAAGCAUGCAGUGCUUUCUGACGACAGAUGUAGAAUAUGCACAGAAUAAACAGGUAGCCAGUUUUGGGCUGCCCAAGUCAUGUGUGCUGGGGUUGCAACUAGCCCCCAACACUAAACAAUAACUCUGCACUUGCAGUGUUUCAAGUUGAAACGCUGCACAUCCAGACAAAUCACUGAAGUGGUUGUAGUAACCUUUUAAAGCAGAAUUUGAAACUCCAUAACCACUAGAACUAAUUGUGAGGGUUGGUUCCAACAAUUGGUUGGUUUGUGUGAUACCAUUUUUUUUUUUUUGUGGUUUUAGAAAAAAAAAAUUGAGUUCAAGUCCUACUUUUUUUAAUUUUAAUUUUUUUUUUUUAGAUUUUUUUUUUUUUAGUUCUUGGGAACUAAAGAUUAGGGCACUGAUGAUGGGUCAACAUGCACUCAUUGCUUGUUAUUUGUUAUUGUGGCCCAUGAUUGGAGUGAGGGUGGAGUUGCAGCAGUUGGACAUGACUUAAGCCUUCUUGGGCUUGUCAGAUUGUUGGGAUGGCACAAACUGGGUGUCUCUCUUUGCCAUGCAGAUAUGCAGGAACACGUAAUAUUAUAAAUUCUCAAAAUGUCCACUAGCUAUUGCUGAAUGGCAGCUUAGCCCUUGGGACUAGAAAUUCACAUAUAGAUUGUUAAUCACAGCAUUAAUACUUUGUUGGUCUUCUAAUUUCUCUGGCACCAACAUUUUAAACCAGUUUGUUUAUUUACCAUUGGGUAUUGUUACCUUUCCCAUCUCCUGUGGUCACGGAUGAGCUUUUACGGUGGAAAGUAGUACCCUGUAGGCAUUGUUAGUAACACAGGACUUCACAUCCCUGUGAUAUCAUCCAAAAUGUUCUGCAAUGAAUUCCAAAUAUCCUGACACGAGCUGAUUUUGCAGAUUAGAAGCAUUGCAGAUUGAAUGCAAAUUCUUGUCCUAUAAUUUGCAAAUUCAAUUGUUUUCAUUUUAAUUCAGUUUGCUCUAAUUAGCACAUUCAGAAUUCCUUUCAAAGUCCAAUUCAUUUUUUUUUUUUUCCCUUUCAGUUUGAGUCCCUGUGGUGCAUUUAGUAGGUGGGGAAUUUAAAUCUUUAGGUCACAGUUGAAAAGUACUGAUUGGCUGCCUUGAUAGUCCUCUUGGUUUUAUAAUUGUGGUGCACAGUGAACUUGCUGCUUUUUCAUCUUGUGCCAUUUGCAGUCUGCAGAUCCUACUGAACUUGUCAUUUCUAGUUAUUUGGAUUUUAAGGGAUUUUCUAUUUUUGGAUAAGGAUACAUUUACAUUGUUUUGCCAAGAUGGAAUCGGUAAGCAAUUUAUUUAUUUUCAAUUACAAAUGUGGUAUCACAUCAAUUUAUUACAGUUGCCAUUUUAAACAAAGUGAUAAAAACACAAUUUGAGGAACACAUUUUUGCUUUGUGUCCUUCAGCACAACUGUACAUGGUAUUUUCAUAUGAUUAACUUUUUAAACUGCUAGAAACUCUAAAGCUACACUUCUGCAUUACUUCCUGAAUACUGAACUAUACAAAGUACUUAUGUAAUAUUUUAAGGGUGGAAUUAAUCUGUAGGUAUUCAUCCAAAUUUGACUUACUGCUGGGGGAAAAAAAAAAAAGUAUGGCUCUAUCAGAGGCUUGAAGUUUGGUAUUGAGCAUCGCCGUUUUUUAAGUUAGUGUGUUUUUUUGUGUUUAAUGUUUGGACUGUAAAUAGUACAAAGUUUUGCAUCUUUGUUCUGUAUUCUGGCUAAAAAUUACAGUAUAACACUUGCUAUUUAGAAUUAUUCACCAGGGAAUUGUUCAUUUGGGGACAAAAUGGCUGAACUGGAAAUUUAAACCAUAGUAGACUUGGAGAUGUAUAAAACAUUUUUUUUUUUUUAUUUAUUAUAAUUUAGCCAUUUUAGUUUACCUUUGCAGUUACCUGGUAAAUCGACAAUAAUCCAUGAUUUAAUGAAUAACAAAUGUUCCUGCUAAAUACUGUAUCUUGUAUAAAACACAUUAGGUAACCAUCUUGACAGAACAACUGUUAUAUUUACUAAAGUUUGUUUUCAAAACUGAAAACCAUAUUGCAAAAUUCAGAUCAAAGUAGCCAAGUGGAGUUGCAGUAUUUUCCAAGCACUUUGUUGUUGUUGUGUUUUUUUUUUUUUUUUUUUUGUAUGAAGCUGGGUGAUUUUCGACUGUAUAGUUGUGCACUUGUUUGCCAUAAUAGUGUUUUGACAAGAUUUCCUAUUUUUAGUAACUUUGUAUGUGUUAUUUGGUUGUUUCGGUUAAAUUUAAUGAGCGGUGUUGCUAAACAUUUCAGCUAAAUGUGUUCUCUUGCUUGUUCUCUCUGCAUAGGUUGCUGGCUUGAUUUAUCAGGGUGUAUGUAGAGGUAUAUAUCCUAUAUACACAAGUAUAUCCCAGCUGCGCUUCUAUAUUUGUUUUGUAGCUAGUGUUGGCCAUUAUGGAAAAAUGGUUAAACUCUCUCUAGAUAAGGGGCUAUCUUUAUGGAAGUUCAAUAAAUAUAUAUUAAGAGCUGGAUUAAAUACGAAAUUAAAUUAUCUGUUUUUAUAAACCUCCAGCAAUGUGUGCUGCAAUUUCAGUGGUGGAUUGUUGGUGGGUCUGUGUUUUUUUUUUUUUGUUUUUUUUGUUUUUUUUUUUGUGCAUGUUUUUUUUUAUUUAUUUUGGUGUGACUUUAUAUUUUAUUUUGUUGCCGUGAUUUGAACAGAUGCUGUCAAUAAGGUAAUGCUUGGGUAUGUGUUUUGGACUCCGUAAAUCUUGCAAUGCUUUAUAUUAAUAUACCUUCCUAGCCAUUCAUUCAUGCCCUGUUACAGAAAUAACACAGGCAGAGCCCUCCUGCAUUGGGAACAAUUAAUACCACAUAAGAAGGGUAUAAGAACACAACACUGACUUAGGAAAGUGCUAAAUAUGGGAUCACUAUAACCCUUUUAAACACAAAAAUAGCAACAAUUUCCAUUUAUAUAUUUGUCGUAAUCCCAAAAUACAAAUCCUCCUAUUUAUUCAAUGGUUACUGAAUUGGAACUAAUCUCUUAGUGAGUUGUAAGUUUUGAACCUUCUUGGUCAGGUGACCUGAAGAUAGGUUUUUAUUUUUGAUGCAGAAACAUAUUUUUUUUUUUUUUUUUUUAAACUAGUUGGGAAAAUAAAAUGGGCAUAGUCUUCUCCAUUUUGUCGGUUUUCAUUUAGUUGGUUUUCUUCAUUUUUUUUUUUUCCUUUCUUUUCUUUACCCCCAACGCCUCAUAAAGCUUAAGAAGUUAUUUAUUUAUUUUUUAAAAAAAUCCUAAACUGUUUUGGUGUUUAGUUUGCAAGCUUGUUCUUGGGUCAUCUUAACCUCCUAGCGAGUGAGGUGAAAUUAGUUUACAUUUACAGACCUUUAAAGGUAACUGAUCAUAUGUCAGCAACAUGUAUUUAGCAGAAAAUAAACCGUAAUACUAAAAUAGCUCGAGAUUGGUGUUAGUGUAACAGUUUCACAAGAAGUUACUAUUAAUCUUAAAUUUUUUUUUUUUGACCAUUUAUAGCAAGAGCAUUGAUUUAAAGUGAUUACACUUGUAAAUGCAUUAUUGUGCAGUGAAUAUUCAAAGCUCCGUUUAGAAGUGCUCUCUACCACUCUGAAAGUAAUGUUUCUUGAUAUUUUGUAAUACAUUUAUUGGAUGAAAAUGCGAAUUUCUUAAUCGCUGAUGUAAAGAAUUAUGCAAGCUAUUUGGCGUGGUUUUUUGUUUUUUCUGCUUGCUUUGUGGUUAUAUGGGUGAAAUAUGUGAAUAACUGGGUUAGAUUUUCAGGAACUUGGCUUGGUAGUGUGUGGGUUCUUAUGGGGAAAAAAGAAUAUAGGGUCUUUAAAUAUAUCAGCGCUUCAUACUUACUCUCCCCUCUUCCUCCCCCUCAAAAAAGAGGAGGCAUCAUUGCUGGUGUAGAAGUGUACAUUUUUGCUAUCAGUAGUGUUGUACAGAUUUCCAAGUCCCCUGUUCAUUGAAUUUUUUUUAAUUUUUUUUUUUCCUUGGCUAAGACCAUAAACAGUUAAUUUGACUUUUAUUUAACUGAAUGUUAGAAUGUUGGUUCUUCAUUACUAGUGCUUGGCAGCUUCUAACAUUGCAAACUUACUCUUUUAACAGCUCCAUUAUUUGCACCUGACUAUGUUCUCAGGAUGAAGCGAAGACUUGAUGAUCCAGAUUCAGGAAACUAUCCACCGCAGCCGCGCCGACUUACUGACGCAUAUUCUCACCAGCAUCGUGUUCUCGCCCCUGCCCCUCCUGCUUAUGAUCCACCAUCUGAUACAAUGCAGCCCACAGGCAUCCAGUAUUCUGUAACACCAGGAUACCAGGUAAGGAACCCCCUUCCUCCUUUCUAACCAUUUAGCACAUUUACAUAAGUCAAAGUAGUCCCUAGUCUCAAUUAUAUGCUGACCAUACUCUUUUUUUUAAUAAAAUUAUUUUAUUAUAAUAUUAUUAAAAGCAAGAAAUUAAAACUUGUGACAGUGCUGGUUUAAUGGACUGUGCUUAUAUUGAUCAAAUUAGCAUGAGUUCAUUAAAUGGCAUAUGUAACAUUGUAUAUUAAGGGAGACAUAUGUAGAAGUUAGUCUUAUUGCAGGAAAAAAAUCUUGCAGAACGUGUAAAAAAACAAAACAACAAAAAAAAAUUCUAAUCUACACCAUCAGGGUUCUUUAACAAAGUGAUCAUUCAAAGUGAAUUUUACAUUCAAGGCAAGAGUAGUCCAACUAAAAGCACAGCUGUCUUGGGGAAUUCUUCCAUUUCAGCUAUUUUGUCCUUAAUUUGAAGUUCACUUUGAGUUUUCACUUUAGUAAAUCGGUGUAAAAAAUCUAAAUCUUUCGAACUUGAUUCAGAUGGAAAAACAGGGAACUAUUUCUGAAGUUAAAUUUAAUUAGACUAGAAGUUUGGUGUCUAUUAAACAUGCCUUAGUAAUGUGUGAAAAGAAAAAAGUUUUAUAUAUCAUAUUUACAUUUGCCACACUCCUUUCAGAAUACAUUUGCUCUGUUUUUGGCUUAUUUUGGAACAUAUUCUAAAAGUUUGCGAUCUUGGAAUCACUAAUCUUAUUGCAGGAUCUGUAUAAUCCUUUUAAGUUCUCAAACGGCUACUUUAUUUCUCUCCAAAGGUGUCUGCAGUGCCUCAGGGCUCUGGUGGCCAUGGGCCAGCAGCCCUUGCCGCAGUGCACAGUGGUCAUCACCACAAUUCACCAGUGCCAGGCCAUGGAGGACCUGGCGUACAGAGUCACCCACAUCCCACCCCACCAGCUGCACCUGCACAGGGUCAGCAAUUUCAGAGACUAAAGGUAAGACUUUUGAAUUUAAUAUUUAUGUUUAAGAUAACUCUAUGAUGUAUCGUGUUAAUGUUUGUGACAAAUUCCUCCGCCAGUUUUUUCCUAUUUAUCACUUCUUUAGACUGUAAAAUUGUCUGCAAUUAAUGUCAUAAUGGUUUACAUCAGGCCUGUCCAACCUGUGGCCCGCCAGAUGUUUCUGAACUACAACUCCCAUGAUUCUUUCAAUUAAACAGAUAGCCAGGGAAUCAUGGGAGUUGUAGUUCAGCAAUAUCUGGUGGCUCGCAGGUUGGACAGCCCUGGUUUACAUGGAAUACAGUUAAAUUAACAGUGCAGCGACAUGCUAAGCAUUGUAUAUCAUGUGUGGAGUUGUAACUGCCACAGUGUCUGAUUUUUGGAUGAAAUUACCUAAAUGCAUCUUAAUAUUGUAUUUGAAUAUAUUUUAUAUAUGAUUUCACUUCUACAAUGUUUAGGAUUUGUAAACAUUCUAUUUUAUGUACGCACAGGCAGAAUGUGAGCUAACAAGUUUUUUUUGUUUUUUUUUUGUUUUUUUUUCUUUUUUCUUCUUUCCCGGUUUCAACCAUUUUUUAUUUUUUUUUAUUUUUUUUCAUUUAAGGUAGAGGAUGCUCUAUCAUAUCUGGAUCAGGUGAAACUUCAGUUUGGUAGCCAGCCACAGGUCUACAAUGAUUUCUUGGAUAUUAUGAAGGAGUUCAAAUCUCAGAGGUGAGUGGCCGUCUGAAUACUAAGCAUAAACUAUGGUAGACCCCUGGAACUUAACAUAUGCAACAGAGACUGGAAAUGUGAGCAAAAUAAUGGGAAGGUGUAGUGGGAAAAAUUGUGAUUCAUCUUUUAGUAAAUAAUUUUUUUCUAAUUUUAAUGGAGAGCACUAGUCCAGAUAACAUUUGAUUUUUCACAUACAUUGUCAUUUGUUUAGUAGGAACAUUAUGAAUCAACUUUGCAUUAAGUGACAUAAAUAUAUACACUUUUUUUUUUUUUUUAAAUCUCUUUUUUGCAGUAUUGACACUCCGGGGGUCAUCAGCCGGGUGUCUCAACUCUUCAAAGGUCACCCAGAGCUAAUCAUGGGUUUCAACACGUUUCUUCCACCUGGGUACAAGAUUGAGGUGCAAACCAAUGAUAUGGUGAACGUUACAACUCCAGGCCAGGUCCACCAAAUAACAGCCCAUGGUCUGCAGCCUGUGGUUCCCCAACCACCACCUCCUUCGCAGCCAUCUACCCAGCCUGCACCUCCUCCUGUACAUCCAACACCACCACCUGCUCCAGCAAAGAUCAGCAAGGUAGGCCCAGGAUCCGAGUUAAAGUUCUGUGUGUAUGAGAAAAUGUUAAUGCGCUUGCUCUUCAUUUCUUCUAAAAGCAUAAUUGUCAGUGGCACAGAAUAUUCUAUUUGAGUUAGAAUGUGGAUGUCUUGGAAUGUGAGACAUCUAGUGACAUCUAUAUCUCUCCAACGUCCAUAUAGUACUUUGAAAGUGGACAUGAAUUCAUAUUCUGUUAUCUUUGUGGACCAAAAUGGGUGUUUUCUUUCUUAAGAGAAAGUAUGUGUCUAUCCCUACAACAAUGUGUACCAAAAAUAGCAAACCUACGAUGUUGCACAUAGAGUAUAAGAGAUUCAUCCUGAGCAGUAAGGGAACCUUUACACAUUUUCUCUUUAAUAUCAUAGAGCAGAGCAGGUUAUUCUAAAAGAAUAAUAUAAAUCGAAAAAAAUCGGAAAAUAUUUGAGAUGUUGCUUAAAUAAAUUACAAAUAUAGCUACGGUACUUAUAGGACAGUUUGGUGGAGAGGUGCUCUUUGACUCUAGCUUGCCUUUAUCUGAAAAGACAUUGGCGGAAGGUAUAGAUAUGUGGCACUAAUUUUAUUGUUGGAGAAAAUCUGCAUUUGUGGUGAUUGGUGCUUUGAGAGAGAGAAUCUUGUAUGGUGAUACAGUUCUCAUUUUUGCCCAUUCUGGUCUUUUGACGGCAGGUGAUUUUCUGUAAGUCAAGCAAGAUGAGACAGGAUUGUCAUGAUCUAAAGUUCUGGUUUUAAAAAUAAUGGACACCCCAUAAUUUUAAGCAAUUUACAUUUUAAUUUUAUUCUCUCCCCCCCGCCCCCCAGCCGGUGCCUGCUCAGGCGCACACGCCAACAAACCAGCAGAGUACACCUAUCCAGUACCCAUCUCCCCGUUCUCCUCCAGCACAGCCUCACACACCUGUUCCAUUGCCACAUACCACCCCAACAGCAGCUGCUGCAACUCCCACCAUGCAGAACAACCAACCUGUUGAGUUCAACCAUGCCAUCAACUAUGUAAACAAAAUUAAAAAUCGCUUCCAGGGCCAGCCUGACAUCUACAAAGCCUUCUUGGAGAUUCUUCACACAUACCAGGUGAGCUUUUGGGUACUUUGGUGCAAAAUGGCACUCUUUUAUAUGCAGACGAGCUUUAAUUGUGAGCAUGAGAUGCUCUUUAAAGGGAAUUGUUCACCUAAGUGUGUAAACAUACUGCUGGUAUUAAUCACUGAGCAGAGUUGCAACAAUAGCUGAUUUAGUAUUCUCCCACUGCAGUAUUGUCGCACCUUGGCUGAUUUAGCUUGAAUUUUACAAUGUGCUUUUAAUUUUUUUUUUCAGUACACUACUUUUUUGUUUUUUAAUGAAUAAACCCAUAGAUGUGCGCCAUGCUGGUUAAUAGGCUUAAAAUAUAUCAUUUGUGCUGUCUGUUUCUUCUGUUGAACAUCAUAUGUGUUUAUUGUACUAUAACAAAGUAUUCAUUUUUUAUUUUUUUUUGGCUGACACUGAGAGCUGUUUCCACAGCUUUGGUAUCUUUGCUGAUGCCCCAUGUAUGUUGGCACAUUUUUGGGUACAUUGGGAACUGGGUACUAAAAGCACUCCCCCCUUUUUUUUGUUUUUUUAAUCUGAAAUAUUUUGCUAAAUUUUACCUCCUUUUUUUCCAGAAAGAGCAGCGGAAUGCAAAAGAAGCGGGGGGAAAUUACACCCCAGCCCUCACAGAGCAAGAGGUUUAUGCCCAAGUGGCCCGACUUUUCAAGAAUCAAGAGGAUCUGCUCUCCGAAUUUGGACAGUUCCUGCCUGACGCCAACAGCUCCGUAGUAAGGCUCUACUUUCUAACAAAAUCGUGGAAGAUUUAUUUAUUUAUUUUUUUGACUCAAAUUAUAAAAUGUAUUGAAGAUGCAGUUUUCACCAACGUGUACUCAGUACAGUUUAGUAAAAGUUUCUAGAUCUCUCCGCUUACAUGUGUAGGGCUCUUAUCACCUGGUAAAAUCUGUCUCUUGUCUCUUUUUGCUGCUUACACCCCAUUGUAAUGAUGUAAAAUGCUGCACACAAUGUUGGCAUUCUAUAAAUGCUGAUCACAUUUUAUUUAAACAUGUGGUGCCUUUAGGUAUUGUGCCUGUUGUCAGCAUUGUAAUAUGUACAAUUUCCUUUUAACUUCCUGAUGCCACUAUCUAAUUUAUUUUCUUUUCUUUGAGCACUGUGCAGAAUGAAAUACUUUAUAUACUAACAUAUAAGCGUUAAAUUUUUUUGUCAACCACUUCAGUGCAAAUAACAUGUAAACAUGGUAAUCUUACACUUAAAAACAACAAAUACUCUCCUCUAUUUUUACUGGUGUCGAUUGUGUAGCGUUUUGUUUGUUUUCUUUUCUUUAGCGCUCUUUAUUAAUUAAAUGUAUAAUGGAGGUUUGAUUUGUGAACUUUGGCUGUUUCCCCAGUCUUUAUUUCUAGUACUGUAUACCAUUGAUGUGUGUAGGAUAUCUUGUUCCCUUUACUUACACAAAAUUUCUUAAGACACUGUUUAUAAAAUAAAUAUUUAUAGCUUAGUUACUACAGUGCUCUGGGGACUCGACUCUUAGUUCAGUUGAAAUUUAUUUAAAUUUAACACCCUCCAGAUACUACAACAUAAUGCAUAGGCUAUAGUGCAAGAAGCUCUUCUGUGACUGUCUCCCUGAAUUAUGUUGUCCACAGUGUUCCUUUGUAGGCUCUCAGCUUUCUAAGAAACUUCAUACCCACAAAUCCCUGCUGGAGCUGCAAGACAUUCUGACAUUUGACAAUGUGAGCUUUGAUAAAGAUCUUUGACUGUUAAAGGAAGAUUAUAUUGCAUUGUUUAAAAUUAUGGCAAUAUUUUCUGGAUUUUAUUGGAAUGUGGGGCACUCUCUCUCUAACCUUUUAUUCUUUCCACGUGGCUUUUGAGCAAAACCACAGCAGUUACUCCAAUAAUUGCCACCCUACAGAAAGAUAAAUGCAUGUGUGUUGUAGUCUGACUGACUAAUAGAGGAGAUGGCUUCUGCCAAUGACAGAAUCCUACCAAUGGCACUAAAACAGUGGAUACAAUUAACUUAAUUAUACAUCCUAGGCAGAAAGUUGUACUGUCAUUUUAAACACCAAAUCGAGUUGGCCGUAUUUUGUAUUAACUCCCUCUAAGGUGCGUGACACAGUGUGGUUACGACCUCUAGUGGUUAAAUGAAAGAGGAGAACAUGGAUAAACUUGAAUUGUGAAUGUGACGAACUGGGUUAUUUACUAAAGUGAGAGUUCAAGUUGAAUUUCAAAUAAAAGGCCGCAGUAGAGCAAACAUGGCUGAAUUAGAGAAUUCUUCCGGUUUGGCUAUAUUUACCUUAAAUUUGAAAUUUACUUUAAAUUCACCCUGAACUCUCGCUGAAUGUUACCCUGGAAAUGUUCACUGAAUUAAUUUGCGAUAGAUCAUUCUAUUCCCACAAUUUCUGGUUAUUGGUUCCUUUUAAAUAUUCCUAAUUCGGAACUGUGGUUGCUUUGGUUUUGUUUAACGAUUGGGUAUUACAUUUCCACAAUUUAAAUGUUCAUUCCUUAAAGUGUACAUUUUUCUAUUAAGAAGGAACUUUUUUUUUUUUUUUUUUUUUUUUAAAUCUUUUUGGUUGCUUGGACGUGAGUUUAGUAGUCUGUUAAUGUGUUUUUGUUUAUUUGGAAUGUGGGGCACUCACAUCAUAUGUUUUAUUCUUUCCACGUAGCUUUUGAGCAAAACCACAGCAGAAAAAGUUGAGUCCGUGAGGAAUGACCAUGGUGGCACUGUGAAGAAACCACAACUGAACAAUAAGCAGCAGCGACCCAACCAAAAUGGCUGUCAGAUCCGCCGGCAUUCUGGGCCUGGGGCAACUCCACCUGUGAAGGUUUGUUGGAGAAACAGUGUAAUAAUAUAACGAGUCUUCCAUUAAAUUCUAUUGCUUUUCCUUUUUAAACUUGACACAUUCUGUUUUUGUUUGUAGAGAUCCAUUUACAUAUAUUAAUAGAAUGUAAAUACCAGUCUGUCUCCAUUUACCAAGAAUGUAAAGGUCGUUGUAUGUUUGGGUCUCUGAUUUAGCCACAACAAUUUAAUCCAAUCUUGUAGUGAAACUCUGUUCCUCCUGUUGGCUCGUCUAUGUAAAAUUCUGCAUGCAUAUGAAUUCCCUUAAUUUGAAUGUGGUUUAUUUUUUAUUUUUUUUGUUAUAUGGCCUUCAUUUCUUUGGGGGGUGUAGGGAGGAGGUUAUGCAAUAAAGCUCCAAUUAUAAGCCUCUUCAGAUGAGUUAUGAGUUCCUUCUGCUUUAUUGCAUAUAUUUCUGCAAAACGUUACAGGAAAUACUGUAGGAAGCGUAAGAAUAAGAAACUGCCCAAACACUUUCUAUGUAUUCACUGUUUAAUUACAUAUGUCAAUAUUUGAGUUCUAAGGUUUUAGUUGUGUUUUUUUUUUUUUUUUUCUCUACACACAGAAAAAGCCUAAAAUCAUGCCGAAAGAUCAGUCAAUGGCGGAUGCCAACAAACAUGGCACAGGGGCAGAAUCGCAGUUUUUCGAUAAGGUGAGCUAUUUCAUAGUAUUGUGACAUAUCCAUUAAGUGGUUGUUGUGAUUCUUGUUUGCCUGAAAUAUUUCACUUUCUGAAACUAGCAUUGGCAACGGAAACAUUUGCUUCAAUUUUAGAUAUAUCAUCUUAGAUAUUAACCAUCUUAAAUAUUACAGGUUCGGAAAGCUUUACGGAGUGCAGAGGCAUAUGAUAACUUCCUUCGAUGUCUGGUUAUCUUUAACCAAGAAGUUAUCUCUCGGACAGAGCUAGUUCAGUUGGUAUCUCCUUUCCUUGCGUGAGUACACUUGUUUGGACGUGAAUGCAUUGUGUUGUCUAAUAUAUUGCUUUGUACAUUAAGUUUUUUUUGUAUGUAGUGGCAUCAUGAAACAUGACUGCACUACUAAAUACGGUUUGUGGUUUUUUUUUGUUUUUUUUUAAAGCAACAGUUGGCACAUAUUCACUAUAGAUAUUUAAAACUUGAAACCAUGUCUUGAACAAAUCUUCACAACUAGAUGCUGAAUAAUUGUACAACCAAACCUCUGCUUUAGUUACCACUUGGUCUCUAAUGCUCCUGACAUGUUUAACCUGAUUUAACGCAGAAACGGUAAAUGCAUAGGAUUGUUUAAGAUCCAGUUAGGGCAAAUCGACACUGUCUAACUCUCUAGCUAUUCUUUUUACCAGUUGAUCAUUCUCUCUGUUAGAUUGUUAUAGCUCCUGAUUUGCACGUUUUUGUGCUUAUUUUCUUCAGCUUUAUUAUACUUUAUUUUCCUAGUCUUGUUCUCAUGUCUUGAGUGUUUUUUUAUUUUUUGCUUUGUAUGUGGUUUUGAGCAUAUUUUGAAUGCUUUAAGAUUUCAUGGUUUCCUAUGUCUUCAUUACUACCUUGCACAUUUUCUUUUCGUUACAAUUUUUUUUAUAAUUUGUAUUAACAUUUCAUAGGAAAUUUCCUGAACUGUUCACGUGGUUUAAAAACUUCUUGGGUUACAAAGAAUCCUCUCACAUGGAGUCCUUCCCUAAGGAGCGGGCAACAGAGGGCAUUGCCAUGGAGAUAGAUUAUGCCUCAUGCAAGAGGCUGGGUUCCAGCUACAGGGCACUGCCCAAGAGCUUCCAGCAGCCCAAGUGCACCGGCAGAACACCACUCUGCAAAGAGGUAGGAUUAAACCUUUCUUUAGUUCUACAUUAUUUUCUUCAAAAAUACACUUGAAAAAAGGAUUCACCAUUCUUAUUGAUCAGUAAAACAGGCCCUUGUGUGCAUGCCACCUUCACUCAAGUGAUAAAGUUUGGAUUUUUUUUUGUUUUUGAGCACUUCAACAUUUCAUCUGCUUAAUGUGGAGGAUAUUACAAGUUCCAAAAUUAGACCUAGAUUGCCAUAAUGGAUAACAUGGGCCUGUCUUCAGUUGAUGGUGUCAGUGGUUACAUGGCUUUUACAUUCACUGUUUCUUUGAAAAUGUUGUGAUAUGUCCCCUCUGAAGUAGAAUACAGUCCUGUAAAUGAGGCAGUAAAAUUUUUUUAUUUUUUUCUGUGGUGAUAUUGUCAUUGAUUUUCGAUGUUGUCCAUACAGGUUCUGAAUGACACCUGGGUCUCCUUCCCCUCAUGGUCAGAAGACUCCACAUUUGUAAGCUCGAAGAAGACUCAAUAUGAGGAGCACAUUUACCGAUGUGAGGAUGAGCGGUUUGAGGUGAGAUUGGGAUUUGUAUUUUGUUUUUAUUUUAAACUGGAAUCAAGACAUAAGGUUUAACUGGUGAGGGUGUAACUGACUUUAACGUAAACUGGUCAUCUUGUAAUGCGCCAUGUGGGCUUUUGACCUGAUCAAAUGAGCAAUAAUUUCACAAUUCUACAGUAAAUCUAUUUUUUACAGUAAAGCGGCAUUAUGGGCACAAAAGACGUGACUAAUUUUGGGGUCCUACUAAUAUUGACUGAAGUCAAUAUUAAAGCACUUGUGUCUUAACAGGAAACAAAGGCACUGGAAUAUUUCGUUGUUUUAUAUAAAAUGCAUAUUUUAGGAGUAAAAACCAAAUUUGAAUUGGACAUUUUUCACUUUUUUAAGAGGAGAUCAUGUCUCCUUUUUGUUUAAUUUAUCUAUUUCUAGUAAUGUCUAUCUUCACCAAUUGUACAGCACUGCAGAAAAUGACGUUUUAUAAAUGCCAGUAAUAAUAAUAAUGAUAUUUAUGCAAUGUUUCUGUAGAAGGCAUAAAUCAGGUUGAUCUUCUUUACUGUGUGUAAUCUGAAUUACUUAAUCUUUUUUUUGUUCCCUUUAUUAGUUGGAUGUCGUACUGGAAACCAAUCUGGCUACCAUACGUGUUUUAGAAAGUAUUCAGAAGAAACUUUCACGGUUAUCCGCAGAGGAUCAGGCCAAAUUUCGUCUAGACAACACUCUAGGAGGAACAUCAGAGGUCAUUCACCGGAAAGCACUGCAAAGGAUAUAUGCAGACAAAGCUGCUGACAUCAUUGAUGGCCUGAAAAAGAACCCAGCUGUAGCCGUCCCCAUUGUCCUGAAAAGGUUGGUAUUCUAGCCGAAAUGGCUACUGCCCAAUGCACUGAACAUUUAGAGCUAGAAUGCAGAUAGGUAGCCCAAUUCAAGACCUGCACAUUUUAAUUGGUUUGUCACUUUAAGUACCUGUUCUAAGGUUUUUAUUCAAAACACUUAAACAGAAUUGUACAAGUUCUUACACAUUGGAUUUAAAAGGAUUCUAUAGUGUUAGGAAUAGAAAGUUGUAUUCCGAACACUAUAGUGCCCCCUGGUCCUCUCUCUCAUUUUUACAUGUUUGUGUUUCUCCUGACGCUAUAGUGUUCCUUUAAGGUUGUUUUUGUCUCUGUAUUGUAAGCUUGUUCAGACAGAAUGUUUAGUGACCUUUUCGUUUCUUGUUAACACUUGUAGUAAUUUUUCUGUUUAAGCUCCACAUUAAAAUUAGAUGCAGCAAAAAGAUGAAAAUAAUAAUUCCUACCCUUUUUCUAUCCCGUUCUUUUAUUAAGGUUGAAAAUGAAAGAAGAGGAGUGGAGGGAAGCCCAGCGUGGAUUCAAUAAAAUAUGGCGCGAGCAGAACGAAAAGUAUUAUCUGAAAUCUCUAGACCACCAGGGAAUAAACUACAAACAGAUUGACACAAAGGUGCUUCGUUCCAAGAGCCUGCUAAAUGAAAUCGAGAGCAUUUAUGAUGAGGUAAGGGAAUGAUGGUUUGCAACCUGUACCGUCGAGUUUAGAACUUUGAACAUCAUGGUGUACUCCCUCUCUCUAAGCUUUGGUAUUCUUUCUUGACUUUCCUGGUGGUUGUUACUGCCUGCUUGUUUUAACCAUUUUAAUCACCUGGUGCCUUAAAAAAAAAAAUAAAUCCAGUUAGUGCAAAAAUAAAAGUUCCCACGUUUGCAGGUUCUAUGGAAACUGUUCACUAGACCAGAAAGUAGCUGAAAUUUCCAGCCAUUCUUAUUUCUUUGAAUUCCAGUGGGUACUUGUACUUGUACUUGUGUAUAUAUAAAAUAAACCCUUUUACAGCAGUGCUUAAUGGGACUUAAUUUGGGAAAUAUGUUUGCAUAAGUAAUUAACUUUAACUGAGGUGGCAAGUAGGUGGUGGUUGUUGUUUUUAAGCCAUUAUGAUAAAGAUGACUGUCACCUUAUUUUAAAAAUCUUGGUCCUCACAAUGUUUAAUGCCCUUUUUUUUUUAUGCACCUUUUUCUUGUUAGCGCCAAGAGCAAGCAUCUGAAGAUAACUCUGGAAUCUGCACAGGGCCCCACCUGACCCUGACAUAUGAGGAUAAACAGAUUUUGGAGGAUGCUGCCUCUCUCAUCAUCCAUCAUGUAAAGCGACAGACUGGUAUCCAAAAGGAGGACAAGUACAAAAUCAAACAGAUUAUCUAUCAUUUCAUCCCAGACAUGCUCUUCUCUCAGAGAGGAGAACUUUCUGACCUUGAGGAAGAAGAGGACGAGGAGAAUGCAGAGACAGAAGAUGGGGUUACAAAAAAACACAAUGGGGUGGGUGGUGGUGUUGGGGGUAGUAGCCCUCCAAAAGCCAAGCUGAUGUUUGGAAAUACUGCAGCACAGAAGCACCGGGGGAUGGAGGACACAUACAAUCUGUUUUACGUGAACAAUAACUGGUACAUCUUUUUGCGCCUGCAUCAGAUUCUCUGUUCCCGCCUCCUGCGCAUCUACAGUCAAGCAGAGAGGCAGGUAGAGGAAGAGUUGAGGGAAAGGGAAUGGGAGAGAGAGGUGCUGGGUCUAAAGAGGGACAAGAAUGACAGCCCUGCCAUCCAGUUGCGGUUAAAAGAACCAAGUAAGUAUCAUUUUGUGUGUGUGUGUGUAUGUGUGUGUGUGUAUAUAUAUAUAUAUAUAUAUAUAUAUAUAUAUAUAUAUAUAUAUAUAUAUAUAUAUAUAUAUAUAUAUAUAUAUAUAUAUAUAUAUAUAUAUAUAUAUAUAUAUAUAUAUAUAUAUAUAUAUAUUUAUAUAUUUUUAUAUAUAUAUAUAUAUAUAUAUAUAUAUAUUUAUAUUUUUUUAUAUAUAUAUAUAUAUAUAUAUAUAUAUUUAUAUUUUAUAUAUAUAUAUAUAUAUAUAUAAAAAUAUAAUAUAUAUAUAUAUAUAUAUAUAUAUAUAUGUAUGUGUGUGUGUGUGUGUAAAUAUGCCUGUAGUCAAAUUUGUCUGCUAAUUUAAUUUCUUAGAAAACUGGCUUUGUAUUUCUAGAUAUAUUAUUUACCUAUGUAGUGAAGACGACCUUGUCUGUAGUAGUCUUUCAUAAUGUGCAUCACAUUCAUCCAAUCAAAGGGUUAAAGGCCAGGGUUUAUUAGGGGGAGAGGGGAAAUCAAAUGGUAAAUAUGUCAUCUUUGAGACUGCUGCAUGUGGGACUUUCUUCAAUCAUUUUUGUGUUUGGGAAUGGAUGAAAUACUUUUGCUUAUGUGUUUACCAUUUAUCUCCUUUUAGUGGAUAUUGAGGCUGAAGAUUAUUACCCUGCAUUCUUAGACAUGGUUCGGAACCUGCUGGACGGGAAUAUGGACUCCAACCAAUAUGAAGACUCCCUGCGGGAGAUGUUCACUAUCCAUGCCUUCAUUGCCUUUACAAUGGACAAAUUAAUUCAAAGCAUUGUCAGGCAGGUGAGUAUCUGAAAUAGCUGAGUAAAUCUAGCUGUACAUCAACAGGCGUCAGUGGGUUAUAAAAGUAACCUAGGCUUUCACUAGCAAGUCACUAUAAUAUUCAAUAUCACUUUCUAGACCACACUUUAAUCUCCUGCUUCAUCCCAUGUGCAGUGUAUAUAGUACUAGUCAUAUUUUAGAAAUUACUUUGCCUUAUAAAGUACUAGUGCUCAUAAUUUUAGUGUAGAAGUAAAUAACAAUUCCUUGUUUUUGUUUAUAGCUCCAGCACAUAGUGAGUGAUGAGAUAUGUGUGCAAGUCACUGAACUUUACCUCUCAGAGACUAACUGCAAUGCUACAGGAGGUCCCUUCACCACCCAAGCAUCCCGCAGCCUGGGAGAAUCCAAUUAUCAGCGGAAAGCAGAGCAGCUGAUGUCAGAUGAGAACUGUUUCAAGGUGAGAUGUCUGCAACCUUAACUUUAUCAACUUGUUUACUGGCAUUGUAUUUCCUGCCUGACACUGUAAUUUGAAAUUGGGCUAGAAAUGGAAAUUCUACUUAUCUUACGUCACAAAUGUUUUUUACCACUAUUACAUCUGGCAAACGGUUAAAAUAUAUCAAUAAUGUGUCCCUUACCCUAUAGUGUUAAAAGCCACCUUUUAGGUGCCCCCCCUCCACUUAACAACCUCCUUUAGAAAGGAUUAAAGAGUACCUUGUUGCCCGCGCCGCAUGGGUUCACUGGGGCUGGCUCUGCCUGAAAUCCGCCUCUUUUGCUGACAUUAUCAGAAUUGAUGUCAGCCAAUCCAGUGCUUUCCAAUAGGGGAAAUGGGGCCAAACUCCAGCCUGGCCAAUCAGCAUCUCCUCAUAGAGAUGCAUGGAAUCAGUGCAUCUCUAUGAGGAAAGUUCAGCUUCAAGAUGCUGAACGGCAGGAAGUACCAGGCCAUUAAAGGUGUCCCUAUGCUUUAAUGUAAACACUGCCUUUUUUAUAUGAAACUGCAGUGUUUACUGCAAAAAGCCUGCAGGGAAUGAUUAUACUCACCAGAACAUAUACAUUAAGUUGUAGUUGUUCUGUGACUAUAAUGUCCCUUUAAUUGUAUGGAUUGAGUGACAAGGGUAUGUCACUUGUUUUUUGUAGACUCUACUAACCAUUGUAUUUCUCCUGCACUAAGUGAGCAUAGUUGUGCCAGCGACCACUUUCACACAUUCCAAUAAAGUGGAAGUCCUCCAAUCCUUUUUGCCAUCUGUUAAAUUUUCCCUUCUUGCUACAUUCCUGGUAUCUCUCCACUGGGUUUAGAUGUGCUAGUGAUCUUAUAAGGUCACAUAAAUAAAACUAUGGUACAUGGAAUGAGGACGAACCUCUGUAGGAUUACUAAAAUGAUGGGUAAAAAGCAUCAGGUUUUUUCAGCAUAUAUGCUUAGACUUCCAAGUGUUUACUUGUUAAAAGGGAAUUGUCACUUUUUGUAAAGUUACAUCAUUGAAUAAAUUUACCAUAACCUCCUAUAAACCUGUGUUAAUCUUUUUUUUAUUUUUUAUGUGGUGCUCCAUUCUCCAUUUCUCACACAUAGUCCAGGCCCAGCAGCUAGGGCAAACAUUGCAAAUAAGGAGAAAUGGAAACUUUGUUUAAUUUCUCUCUUCUCUGUAUGCAUUCUAUAUGCUGACUGCCAGGUGCAAAGAACAGACCUUAUAGCAGUGAUUGACAGGGAGCCUAGAUGGAGGCGCAAAGUAACAGGAUAACGAGGAGUGGAUUUCUACAUUUUUUUUUUUUUUUUCCCCCACACCUCUUAAAUACAGUGAAUACGUAAAAACAAUGUUAGAAUUCCUGACAAGUGACCAUUUCUCUUUAAAGGGACCCUGUAGUCACCAGAACAACUACAGCUUAAUGUAGUUGUGGUGUCUAUAGCAUGUCCCUCAGGCUUUUUUUUAAAUGUAAACACUGCCUUUCAGUGUUUACAUUACUGCAUAGGAACACCCUCUAGUUGCCGUCUGAGUGACUGCCACUAGAAGUACUUAUUGGGUCAGUACUGUACAAUGUGCAACAACGCUUGCAUGGAGGCCCUGAGCAUACCUCAUAGUGAUGCAUUGAAUCAAUGCAUAUCUAUGAUGAGAUGCUGAUUGGCGCAGCUCAGCAUUUUGCUGUGCAUGGGCAGUAUCCUCCCCAAAUUUUCCUAAUGGGAAAGCAUUGGAUUGGCUGAGAUCAUAGUUUGAACUCGGCCAAAGGGGUGGAGCCACAGCGAGGAGACCCACAUGGUGCUGGAAAAGGGGAGUACAAUCACAUUUGACCUUGCUGACAGGGGGGCUGGAGUGCUAAACGGCACUUAGAACUGUAGUGUUCUAAUCUGUUUGGGAGUUAGAAGUUGUUUGUUUUUAUGUUACUGAUCCUGUCACUUAAGUCUUAGAGUUCACUGAACAUUCCUUACGUUGCUGUGAAUACAGGACAUCAACCUUGUACAAAAUUGCCGUCGUGGCAAUUUUGUACUAAAUGUCGUUUUGUACAGUGUGUGGUUUAUACACUGUACACCAAAUUUUAGUAAAUUGAAUUGCAAAACUUUGCAAUUGCAAAAAGAAAAAACAUUUUAUAUAUGGGUGACUUGUAGAUAUUGCAUUAAAUUCCCUCUUCAAGAAAAGGGGAUGUGGAUUGUAUUUCUGUACUUUUUUGCACAUAUAUUUGUAAUAAUGUAAACUUUAUAAAAUACCUGAAAGUUUGACUGUUUUCACCUUUUUGUAUUUUUACAGCUGCUGUUCUCCCAGAACCAUGGGCAGGUUCAAUUAACUAUUGAACUGUUGGACACUGAGGAGGAAAAUUCAGAUGACCCAGCGGAGACCGAGGUAAGCCCAACUCGUGCCUGAGGGGCUCUCGGUUACCGCCACCCCGGGCAGGCCCCCGACUUCCGGGACCCCCUGUGUAAGGGGUCAGCGGGGGAGGGGAAAUGUAUGAGAACUGAUGUAGAGAAUCCGACUUCUGAGAUCAAAUCACAAUCCACCCCGGUCACACACAACCUGCAGUGUGCAUAUUGACUGAAUUUUACAUACCUGUACAAAAUAUUGUUACCUACCUGUGGUUUGUUAAUAGCAGAAUCCAGAAAAGACAAAACUAAAAAAAAUCGGAACUAUAAUCAAAUUGUAAAUAUAAUAAACUUGUUUUAACGAUCCAGGGUGACUCAGUGAUUUGUUCUGUUUUUCUCUUUUUAUUUUUUUUUUUAUUUUUUUUCUCUCCCUCCUCUCCCCACUUUCUUAUUCUAAUUUGUCUCUGUCCUCAUCCCUCUGUAUCUGUCAAACAAUCUCCUAGUUGGUUUACCCCAUAGUUUUACAUUGUCAGGGCCCCUUUACUUAUAUAUUUGUUGGUUCUAGUAGAAGUUAUGGUUUUGCUGGCCUUUUUAGCGUUAACCAAUUUUUUUUUAUUUUUUUUUUGUGCUGAGAAUUUCUACAAUACUGCUCAUAAUACAAUGUCUUUGAUAUAUUGCUCCAUUUUUCAAAUGUAUAUUUGGCGAUCUUGCUACUCUGUCUGUAAAGGCGUUUUGAAGUGAUCUUAUUUUUUUUCCUUUAAAUCCGUUCUCGUGUUUUUAACUUGCUCCUUUGAGUCUAGCUCCCGAAAUAAGGUGUGCGCAAAGGGUUUCCACUCUUACCGUGUAGUAUAAUCUAAUCUUUUAUUUAGCUAUAUUAAAGUACAAGCAAUAUCCUCGCUAAUCACACACCGUAUAAUCAUUAGUGGUAAGUAGCUAGUUCUAUGCCUUGAUAGAGAGGGUCUUGCAGCGAAACAUUGGGAGUUAGUUACGAACAGGUGACAGUGGAGCAGUAAACAGGAAAGUAUAGUUUUUGACCAAAAUAGCUGGAUCUGAAAAAGCCUACACUGAAUUUUAUUUUUUCCAGUCCUGUUUUGGCCUAAAAUAUGCUGUUCACUUGUUCUCCUCAUUUCCUAAUUUAGUAAAUAAACCUCCAUUUAGGGAUCUCCAUGUUAUGCGCCUUUCUUUUAUUUUAAAAGAAAAACCUUUUGUGGGGGGGUUUGUGGUUUUAUUUUCUAUUUAUUUUUGGUCAUGUUGUGUGCUGCUUAUCAGUGGUUUUUAGUGUUUGUGUUUUAUUUUAUUUUUUAUUUGCGUUUUUAUCAGAUGUUGCUGUACAUUUUUAAUUAUUUUAAAUGUUGGGCAGUAGUUAAUGGGCUUGUGCACAUUUAUUGAUUAAUGUAACUGCCUUUUCACACUUUUAGGGGGAGCUGGGGUUGUUUUAUUCCCCCCUCAUUUUUUAAUUUUUUUUUUUUUUAAUACCAAGUACCUCAUUAUACCAUCUCUAUCCACCUGUAGUUUCAAGGUACCUACUGAAAGAUUAUUCUGAACUAGCAGAGGACAAAUGCAUGGUUUUGCACCACUAGAAGUGACAGGCAGAUGUUUUGAUAGCAGUCAAAUACAGAAAGAAAUAUUUGAUAUAAAUUGGAUACUUUUUAUUUGUAAUGGACUGCUGCCAAACUCUUUACAAAUGUACAUCUGUUGGUAAAUGGAAUCUACAAGGAAGGAUUAGUGUUUAGAUACUGUAGUUAAUCAGUCCCUAACAGUGCCAAAGUAUGAAUAAAACUGGUCUACUGGUGGCUACGUUCAUGGCCUUCAUAAUAUGAACACGACCACACAACCGCUCCUCAACAGGAAGCAGUGGCAAUGUGAAUAGGGGGCACGCCUGAAAUUAUUUUGGUAAACAUUGCUUCCUCUUAGAACAUAAACGAGUCAUGGGGGAGGCAGACUGCUUAUAGCUGUAACAUACUUUUGUUCGGAGCACAAAAAAUGUUUUGGGUGAGAUCUGCUUAAUCACUUUAAACCAUGUUCGGAAUCUUGAGACAUUUGAAAAUAAAAAAUAAAAAAUCCCCCACAAAACUUUUGCAUGUGUGCUAUGAAGAAACUGCCAAAUAAAUCAGUUUAAUAAAUAAUUCCCAUAGGGAAUAAACAAUAUAUUGAGUCUGCAAAGAGGUAAAAAAUAUCCAUAUUACUGUAGCUGAGGGAGAAUGUACUUUCUGGGUAUUUCAGAAAUGAACGCUGUUAAACAUAAAUUGAAGAAUCUUGGACCCCCUGUAUUCUAGAAGAGAAUGAGGGGAACUGGAUUGGGUAUACGUUUCGAGUAGCACAGGAACGUUUCCUAAGAACUGGCAACGAACAUAGCUGAGAACAUUGAAGGAUACAUGUGGAUUUAAGUGUGUGCCAUGGUGGAUUCUAUUUCUAUACUAUUCAGGUGUUUGUCUAAUUGUUAAUUGUGUAGCUUAAGACGUCUGGAUCUACAGACAAAACUUCACCUCCAAGCCUCUGGCUCCUUCAUGGAAAGCGGAGGGAGCGGCUAGAGUUGGACGAUUUCAGACCGAACAUGCACAAUGCACGUGCUUUGGUGGGCUGUUGCAAGCUGCGCUUGUUGUUUUUUGAGGGAAGGCAAGGGUUGGUGGGUUUUUUUUUUUUUUUGUUUGUUUUGUUGUUUUUUUCGUCUUUGUGUGAAGACCUAAUGUACAGUUUUUAUUUUUUUUUUAAAUGUGCUUUCUAGUUAGAAGCAUUGACAUACCAUAAAAUAAUCCUGUCAAGCACAGAGCAUUGCUGUAAAAAUAAAGUAGAAGAUGCUUGUGUAAAUGCAAACCUUUACCCUGCAAAGGAUGUUUUUGAUGGGCAAAAAUUUAAUAAAAAUGGCUCCUAUCUUAGGUGUUUGGGUUAGUUUUCCCAGAUGGACUUGUGCCCUUUUUCUUUCUCCACUUAUUUGUGUGCAGGGGAAAAAAAAAAAAAAUCUUAGUUUCUUUAUGGAACACUCAGAGCAGGUACAAAAAAACAAAACAACCCACUAAAUAUAAGUGCAGUGCCAGUCUGUCAUUUAGUAUCUAUAAAUGUGGAGAGAGCACAAGAAUAAACUGCUUUCCAGCCAGAUAAGAUUUUCGGAGAGAUUGCUAAACUAAAUGAAAUUUUAGAUUUGAAACCCUUUGCUAAUCACUGUCUGUCAAAAUUAUCUCGAUUGGUAAGUUAAAAAAAAAAAAAAGUAACUUCAGUUUACAUCACAAUAUCAAUUACUACUGCUUAAAACAGCAAACAUCUCUAUAUCUUACUGAAUCAUCUGGAACUGAUUUGGAAAAUGUUGGGCAAUUAUUAAAUACCCUGUUUGCUUUUUUUUUUAAAUUUAUUUUUAAGUCCUUAAUCAUGUGCCAAUUAUAAAAUCCAUAUUUUACAUUAUAAUCUUCUUAAUUUUCAACUUAAAAAAAGAUUGCACACACAGUAACGUAACCACCUACAGCAGGAGCUUACUAUACAAAUUUUGAGGAUAAAAAGCCACUGUUCCUUCCUUGAUUGAACAUUUAAAGGUAUGCAUCUGCCUUACUUAAAAUGACAACACUUUCUGUUUUAGAUUGGCAGUGCUGGGCAAUUUUAUUUUAGAUGGAACACAUUUAAAAUUUAUAUUUUAUACAACUUGCUUGAAGGAAAAGUUGUUUAAUAAAAUAAACAAAUUGUAUCAAAUUGGUCUGAAAAUGUUUGUUUUUAUUUUUUUUACUUUUUUUUUUUUUCACAAGGCUUUGGGCAGCUUAGGUAAUCAGUCUUGCUUUCCUGACCUUAAUAGAGAUUGCUAAUGUAACUUCUUUUAUCAAUAGAUCUCUAAUCGUAGAAAUGUUUUGUACUUUAAUAGCGAAGAGCGAUAUUGUACAUUCCUUCAGUCUGUCCCAAUCAGUCCUUUAUCUAGAUUCAAUAAAACCUACACAGGAGCUUAUGGAUGAAAUGGAGAAUAUAGAAAGAAAGGAUUUUUCUUUUUUCCCCUCCCCUUGAUAUAAGGCAUUUUAAAGCCCUUUAGAUCUGAAAAGAAAUCAGCACUUUUAACCUUUACUAUCUGACAGCCAGGAGGGUGAACUUCCUGAUUGAUUGCAUCUCAUCCCAAUGUAUCUUUGAGAAGCAUUGGGUUGGCCGGGAGAUGGUUAUUACUGAGGGUCUCUCAGAGGAGGAACUGUCACCCACUGGAUUAUACGUAAGUAAACUCUUUGUAGUAAAGGGACACUAUAGUCCCCAGAACAACUACAGCUUAUUGAAUUUGUUCUGGUGAGUAGAAUCAUUACCUUCAUUACCUUUUUGCUGUAAACGCUUCUUGUUUCAGAGAAAAUGCAGUGUUUACAUUACAGCCUAGUGAUCACUUCAUUGGCCACUCCUCAGAUGGCUGUUAGAGAUCAUUCCUGGGUCAUGGCUGCCUAAAAUGCAUCCAAACAUUCAGUAUCACCUCCCUCUGCAUGCAGACACUGAACUUUCCUCAUAGAGAUUCAUUGAUUCAGUUCAUCUCUAUGAGGAAAUUCUGAUUGGCCAGGGCUGUGUUUGAAUCAUGCUGGUUCUGCCCCUGAUCUUUGUCGGUCUCAGCCAAUCCUAUGGGGAAGAAUUGUGUUAGGAUCAGGCUACCACUUCUGCUGAUGUUAGCAGGCAGUGGGCAGGUCUAAAGGAAACCGGGACAUAGUAUGCAGCUGCAGACUUGAAUACAAGUAAGAUUUUACUAGGUUUAGGGAGGCAUGAGGGGACCAGGAUGGCUAGAUGGUGGUUUUAACCCAACAGGGUCAGGAAUACAUGUUUGUUUUCCUGACCCUGUAGUGCUCCUUUAAGUGGGGAUGGACACCGUAAUCUAAAGAGGACAGAAAACAUUUGAGUGUUUUAAAUAAAUGGAGUGUUCUUUUAAACAGGAAUAUUUAUGGAGGUCCUCAGAUAGCUGUGUUUUCAAGUAUUUCUCAACUAAAUAAAAAAAAAAAGUUUGAUUAAUCUAGAUCUGCAUUAUUCAGUUAGCCUACAUGUUGUUCACUAAAUGUUUAAUUGUAGAGAUGUGACAAUGUAACUGCACAUUUUAGUCCAAAUGUAUGUAGUGUGGGGGGAGGAGAGGGAAUCUUCUGGAAAUUUUGACCUUAAAUCUUGAAUUGCUUUGUCAGUCUUCCGCCAUUCCUAAAUUAGUGAAUAAAUUCCCAGUUGGUCUCUCUUCUCCAAAGUAGUUUAUCAUAUCUGUACAGAUUCACUUAAAGACAAAAUCCAUUACGUCCGCUAGUUUUUGACCGGUCUUUUUAACAUUAACUUUGUGCUUCGGAUGCCACCUACGGCAUUCAUUGUGCUUAAAUAUUGCUUAACCCCUUAAGGACAAAACCUCUGGAAUAAAAGGGAAUCAUGACAUGUCAGACAUGUCAUGUGUCCUUAAGGGGUUAAAGGACUGCUCUGGUAACCAAAACCACUGCAUGAGAAUUAAGUGGUUAUGGUGUCCAGAGACGUUUGGCGCCAUCUUGCCUUUAUUAGCCUUAGGAGCACACCGUUAAAGUCGCAGAUGAUGCAAAGGAGAAGUUUGCAAGUUAAGUGUAGCCAGCCCCCAAUGGUUACAAAAACACAAUAGCAAUAUAUAGAAAAGUCCCACUGCGUGUGUGUGUGUGUGUGUGUGUGUGUGUAUGUGUGUGUAUAUAUAUAUAUAUAUAUAUAUAUAUAUAUAUAUAUAUAUAUAUAUAUAUAUAUAUAUAUAUAUAUGUGUAUAUAUACACACACACACAUUUAUUUUAUAUGUAUAAAUUUCAUAUUCCAUCUUUGGAAAGCUAUUUUUAAUGAUUUAAAGAGUUCUUCUCGCAAAUGCAGAAACCUAAUACACUCAGCAUUUUACUGCUGCUCAAACAGAGGAAAGUCAGUUGGAGCACAAGUUAAGCAUUAAGCGGUGUCAACACUUAAAAUGUAGAAAGCACCGGUGAAGUCUGGCCACUGCUCACUACUUUUGUGAAGUGCUUUUGGUGCUCAGUGGUCCUUUUUAAAACUUUUUUCGUUGGUAUAUUUCUGAACUUGGCAGAAACCAGUGAGGGGGGUUGGGUGUCAAUGGAUAUCUAAGAAUAAAUAAUUGCAUAAUGCUUUUGAUAUUCUAUGGCAGACUAACUUGUUGGCAAAUAACCUCGUAAGAAUUUAUUGUUAAGGACUGCAUUUAAACCAGAAUAACACAAUUUUGUUAAAAUAACUGAUCCGCAACCAGAUUUGCAAUUCUCAUACUUUUUAUUUUAUUUGUAUUUUAUUUUAUGAACGUUAAUGGCGUGUUCUGUUGAAUCUGAACUUCCACAGCCUAUUCUAUCAAUCUGUUCUGAUUUUAAGCAUUCUGUUAGCCUCAAAAUUAAUGUGGAUGUAGUUUAGAUUUCAGCGUAUGUUUCAAAACCGGUUAUUGAUUAACAUUAUGAUCAGGAUCUGGAUUUUGUUGUCCCAAUGCACCCACUUGGUAACCAGAUGAUAGUGAUGAUUUUUAUUUAUUUAAAUUUUUUCCUAAUCCAGACUAGGGGCAUUUGGUCUUAAAGGAACACUAUAGUGUCAAGAAUACCAACCUGUAUUCCUGACACUAGACUGGUGAAGUCACGAUUUACGCUUCUUACCUCACUUUGAAUAAGUAUUCUACUAUAUUUUAUUUAUUCCAGCGCCGCACCGGUCUCCCCUCAAAUUUGACGAUCUCAGCCAUUCUAAUGCUUUCCCUUAGGAAAGCAUUGGGAGGCUAUUGUGCAUGCCCACAAACUAGCACUGUUCCAAUCUGCAUCUCCUCAGAGAAGGUUCAGCGCCUCCAUGCAAAACAGACGCUUAACACAAGUGCAGCAUUGACCCAGGAAGCACCUAUUGUGAGUGUCUGAGUGACCGAUGUUACUAGGCAGCAAUGUAAGAACUGCCUUUUCCAGAAAUGACAGUGUUUACAUAAAAAGCCUGCAGGGACAGCUUAGACACCAGAACCACUACAUUAAGAUCGAUUUGUUCUGGUGACUGUAAUUUCCCUUUUAGUAAAUAACUUUGAUAAUGACCGUCAAGCAUUAUUCACCAAACUUGAAAUUGUUGAAACUUGACAAGGGAACUGCACAUUUUAGACCAAAAUCUUUGAGAUUGGAGAAUUUUUCUCUAACACUAUUUUAGCAUUAAAUUUGCAAUUACCUAGUCUCUUCUUUAGAGUUCUUUGUUUAAUGAAUAACCCUACUAGUUUAGCAAACUUUGUGUUGAAGUUCAUUCACGUAUGCAAUAAUUAUCUAAAUAAGGAGAUAUAUUUCUAAUACAGAAAGCCAUGUAGGAAAAAAAAACAAAUCUUAUCAUUCCACAGUUCAUUGCUUUUAAACAUGAUGUGAAAAAACUACAAGUAACACUGGUGGUGUUUGAAAGCCCAACAGAUAUGUGGAGUUAAUGUUUUUCUCUGAGUGCAUUUGGGUUAUUUUUAAGGCUGAAUGAACUUAUCUAAAUUUGUAUCUCACCCGUCAAGGCAGAAGAGUGGGUUGGGUAUGUAACUACAAGGCAACACCUGGCAUCUUAUUAACCCUGGAGCACGCAGAUUUUAAUAAACGGCUUAAUACACUUUUUCUUGCGGUCUGCCACUUGUUACCAAUCAAUGCCAGCAUUUCUGGGUGGCAGGGUUACCCAUUUGUGGUCAGAAUUACUUGGGUAGUAAGAAAACAGACUAGUUUUAUAUAAUAUAUAUAUAUUAACCUCUGGUACAGUUUCACACGGAAUAUAUACAUUUCCUAAUAAACUUUGCAAGUUAUUCUAUGGCCUUCUUCGUGUCAUGGCUUCCCAUCAGCGUUACGUUGGUCUGAUUGUAAAACUUUCUGCUUAGCCACAUUAGUUCUAUCCACCUGCUAAGUUGAUUUAUAAUAUUGAGUGUACCUGGAUAGACUACACCUUGAUUCUUUGUCUGUGACUGAAAGACUGUGGUUUUAAGAGAUGGAUUAACACCUAUCACUUUUUUAUUCUGGUCUUAAGAAAGAUGCCAUUUUUUUUUUUUUUUUUCUUCUGACCAACCACAUGUUGUGUUGUUUCUUCGCUACAACUCCUUAAACAUUUUUGGAGUUUUUGCGAACCUCAUUAGUAAAAUGUACUUAUUGAUAUGAAUUGCUUAAAUGGUAAACUAUAAUAAAUAUUUUGCUAGGAUAUUAAGAUGUUCCAACCUAAAAUAAGACAUCUAAAAACACAAGAUACAUGGUUUUCAAGGGCAUGGGUUUUCUAAAGGUUUUAAAGAACGAAUCACAUUAAAGAAAUGUAAUUCUUUAAAGUGAGCUGAAAAUUUCUGAAGCUUAUUAGAUGUUGGGAGGGUGGGAGAUAAUUUAUUUUAGGUCUAUGGAACAGAAAAUAUAUAUUGUUCAUCCCUUUCAUUCUGUAUGAAGGAGGACACCAUCGUUGAGGAAUUUGGGGUUAUCUGCGGAGUGACUUGCAACAGUACCUGAACGACUGAUGUGAAUCAUGUUGGAUACAUCAUAAAAGUAGUUUAGAAAAUAAAGUGUCUUUGACCACUACUGUCCAACCAUGUAUAAUGUGUAGACCUAGCCUGUUUGUGCUGCCCCUCUCUCCACUAUUACACACUGGAGUUGAUGAGGAAUCCAGGUGCGUUAGCUUUGAUUGGAAUCUUCCAUUACAUUCUCAACCUUUGGAAUCUUGACCUUAAUAAAAGCAAAAUCGUAAUUCUAAGUAAAGACACUCAAUUAUAGGCCUUUUCGGUGAUACUAAACUAUUUGAAGAGUGAAUUCAAUCAAAAAGCAGUGUUUUUAGUUAAAGUAAACCUUACUGUGCUGGUCCCCCAAAGCGGAAAUUCCCUUUGAUCCAGCACGGACGCCAAGUUCUUGCUGCAACCUUGUACUCCACUGCGGUCAUUGCUCACCUUCGCCAGAGUGUAUUGAAGUUAGGGAGUAUGGGAUAUUGGUGGUUGGUCUGCCAUUGGCUUUCUGAUGUUAUAGUGAGAACAAUAUUUCCGAGAACUAUAACCACUAUAGUGUGCUGCAGUAUAAACAACAUUUACUUGACACUAGGAGAGACUUCUAAUAACAGUAGCAGCAAACUCCAGAGAGAAAGAGAAUUGCGUCUAUCAUAUUCAACGUUUCACACACAUUUCCCUGUUAAUCUAAAAGAAGGCAAAAAAGGUGAUUUCCAAUUGUGCUAUAGAAAAAAAAAUUAAAAAAUUCCUUGCCCCAGAAAUCAGAUUCUUCAUCGAAUAAACAAGCUGUUAUUAAUUUACAUAUGAAAUCUUGUCUUGUAAUAACAGAUUGGUAAAGUUGUUUCAGGCUUCUGUGAUAUAAGUAGAUGACAACCCUAAUUUCAGGAGUAAUUUACUUUCUGGAGGUGCUUACACGUUGUCCAGACAGAUCACACUGAAAUGAAACCAUUAGGAUAUUAUGUUACUGUGCUCCUCUCUGUGAAAUGCUGCAGUAUUUUUCAUUUUAUUAUUUUUUUUAAAAUUUGACUCUUAAGGAUAUUGGGGUAACAAAAGGAGUUCUCUUUUCCUUUAUGUUAAAUAGUUUUUUGUUUUUUUUUUAAAUCUUAAAAUCUGCAGGCUGUUUGCUUUUAAAAUAAAGCAACUCUUCAUUUAAACUAAAGGCAAAGAAUGCGUGCAGGAAUUGCAAACCCACCCUUAUAAUAGAUGCCACUGUUUCCUUUUACUUAAUUCAACCUUUUUCUUCAUACGAUACGAAAGACACCACUAAAACAGAGAGACCACUGCAAACUAUUAAAUAAGCUUGACCAACAACCAAAGAGAGCAGCAAAAUUCAGGUGCCUCGCAGUUUUCAGCUCAGUAGGGUCACCAGUUGGCUUUAAAGAUAGGUUUCAGAUGAGUGCUUAAAGUGACCCUCCACACACAAAGCACUUCAGCUUACUUGUGUGAGGAUUUUGAAAUUGGCACUUUUGUAACUAGUUUCAGAACCACCUCACUGGCUGUCAGGCUUUCUUUCCGAUUCCACGGAGCUAACUGAAGUGGCCAACGCAGUUUGAUGGAGCAUUCCUACGUUCUCCCCCUAGUGUUCCUGUCUGCGCCUGCACAUACGCCAACUUCAGUCCUGUCCACGGACUCCCUGGAUUUUGGCCUGGAGAACUUUGACUGAAAGCCACAGGCACGCACUUGCUCUUAGCUCAAAAUCAGAAGCUUCUCAAUGAGAUUUUCCCAUUGACAUGUUCCUUUAUUAUAGCUAUUGUCUUUCAAUAAUUAUGCAUAGUUAGUAAUAGGGUACAACUCUGAGCUUGAAUUAGUCUGUUAUUCCAGGUUUGUGUGGAUGUUGCUUACAGAUCAGCAUAUUUUAUAUGAGUAAAGGGGCACAAAGCAACAUGACCACUAUAGCCCGUUGUAAUGGUUAUGAGACCAGGAGGGCCCUUAAGGUUAUUUGUCAACCGUUUUAGAACAGUUUCACAACUUACAUUGGUACCUGAGCCACAUGUGGCUUUUCUUGAGCUAAGCAUGACUCACUAUGGGGCCGUGCUCAGCUGAUGCUCCGAAAAAAUGACUACGACCCUGGAUAGUUCAGUGGAAUUAAUUAAAGUCUCCUACAAAGAGACUCUAAAAAGCAGGGCUCUGGGUGCUUAGCUGCACAUAGGUAGAUUGUAAAAUAGUUUGACAACUUACUCUGAAAGGACACCAGGGUACUCCUGGCACUGUAAACACUACAGCAGGCUAUAGUUGUUAUGGUGCUUGCAAUGUUCAUUUAUCCCCUUAAGGACACGUGACAUGUCAUGAUUCCCUUUUAUUUCAGAAGUUUGGUCCUUAAGGGGUUAAGUGUAUUGAUUUACAGAAGUUCUGUUCGGGCAUGGAGGGAAAAUAUACUCUAAUUUACCAGGAAUUUUCAUCUUAAGCAUGACAUUUUAGAGAUGUUGACAUCAUAGAUUAAUGGAAUUCAUUCAUACUUCUGAAUAGACUUCCUCAGCAAUGUUCACUCCAGUUAGUAAAGCUACCUGGACUAAAAUCUAGCAGUGUGCAGUUAUUUACUAAAGUCCGAUAGAGGAAGCAGGGAGCCGCAGAUUGUCUUAGAGAGGUCAGCUAACCUUCUAAGCCCAUCAGUAGAUUUUUUUUUUUUUUUAUUAAUCAUUUAAAAAAAAAAAAGUCCCUGCUUACUCUGUAACAAAUUGAAGACACGGGAUGUGGUUUGGAACAUCAAAAAAUGGAAACUGUAGAGAAUUGAAAGGAAAUUUUGAAUUUUAACACCAAAUGGCCAACUCAAAAUAAUUUUUUUUUUCUUUUUUUUAAUGUAUACGUGUAUCUGGGAACAUAAAUCUCUACAGCAUUAGGGAGUCAUGGUCCUUAUCUGAUUCUAUCUUAAGAAAUAACACAGUUUGUUUGCAAGUAGCUCCACUUAUUUUCUAGAUUUAUCUUCCAUGUCGCAGGUAGAAAAUACUACAUUGUUCUUUGUGAGAGUUCAUAAACUUCUGGAGAUUUAUAUAAAACUCCAUAAAAAUAUUAAAAAGGCAGUUAUAUACUAUUUAGAGUAUUUGUGCUGUGUGUUUCCUCUCUAGUACAUCCCGGUUUUAUUUGCUCCCUCCUAUCUAAUGCCAGGUAGAUGUAAAUCAGCAGUUCACAUGAUACUUUGCCAGCCUCAAGGUGUAACGGUGAACUAUCUAUCGCUUCCAUUCUUUUGGGCUACAUGUUCUCACCUCUUCUUUGUGUUAUGUCACUCGCACCUUAGGCCCUGUACUAACGCUACCCAUUCUUUCUUCCAGCGAUGGUCGGACUAUGUGGAGAGGUACAUGAACUGUGACUCCACUUCCCCAGAGCUGAGAGAACACCUGACACAGAAGCCUGUAUUUUUACCCAGGUGAGCUGCAUAUUUAACUCUUGCUCUGCAAAAUCAAACUGAACCAGGAUUAUAAUCUGUACAAAAGUUUUUGUUUUUUUUCUCUGGUGAUUUUCCUGGUACUGAAGGUCCCUUUUCAUUCUGUCCUGCGUGUGUCAUAGAUGCCUGCAGAUAUCACAAUGCAUCAGUCACCAGACCAAAGGUCCAUUUGGAUGCAGGAAGUGCCUCCAGUGGCUGUCUGGGAGCCAGACUUAGUGCUACAAUGUAAAUAUUGCAGUUUCACUGGAACUGCAGUGUUUACCAUUGCGGCACUGAGGGCAAUAGGAACAUUGCACCCAUACCACUUCAAUGAGCUGAAGUGGUCUGGGAGCCUACAGUGUACCUUUAACUGUAAGCAGAAGUAGUCUCUUUACAGCCUGAUUCUCCUCUGUGAGAUCAUCCCAGCUGAUAAUCUCUGGAAAAGGUAAAAUGCUUUUCAUAAAGAAGCAUUGGGGACCCACCGGUCCUUGCUCCUGUUUGGUCUUAACCACCCUGGCGGUAAUCCUGAGCACUGCUCGGGGUUAAUUUUCAGUAUUAAAAGCGGUAACCCUGAGCCAUGCUCGGGAUUACACUGUAGUAUCACUUUCCUUGUCCAUACGAGCCCCUGGUGUCCUCCCACAGUGUCCUCCGCCACUUGCUGCAUUUAUGACCCUGAUUGAGUAGCUGGCCUGUACCUCAGUCACUCCCAGCUCCCUGGCUGCAAUAGGAGACAUCUCUGAGUUUACCUAAUUCAGGUAGCUGAUUUCAUCUGGGCUCCCAAGUGGUGUUUCAUCCAUCCCUCCCUUCCUCCCAGCAUGAAGGAAUUUCAUUCUAUAUCUGUAUUCUUUUUGUUGUUGUUUUGUUCUAAAUGUACAGAUACAUUUUCCAAUUUCUCAUGUCUCGUUUGGGUGUUAUCACAAUACGGUGACAUUAAUGGGGAACAAAAGUUACUUCCAUGCCAUUGUGUCGUUAUGUAUUCAUUUAGUGCCUGUCAUUCUGCAGUAGAGCGAUGGGCUAGCUCUGUGUGUUGCUUAAUGAAAGUAAUGGGGCUGACUCAGAUGUUAAAUGUGGCAUAUAACGGAUGGCACUAAUUGUCCACUAAUCUCAUUACAUAGAGACCAUUAUAAGACACUCCACUGCACAAAUACAAAAAAGUCAUUAUUUAGGAGAUAUACCCAAAAUGAAAAUUGACAUGCAUUUAAUUAUGUAUUUUUCAUUGGGGUUAUAUCUAAAACAGCUUGCAAAAGCAGCAGAUCUCUUGUCUGCUGCCUCUACGAACUGGCUUUAUGUUGCUGUCCAAUCACAGACGUUCCAGUGCAGCUCAGUGAGAAGUCUUUGCAAGGCAGGUGCUCUGAGCAAUUAGCUGACUCUAGAGUUUAGCUUCACUGAGAUAAACAAACCAGGAAGUAACAGGACCUGUUGUCUGAUUGUCAGUUUGGGGGUGUAACCAGGUGAAUUUUAUGUAAGUGCCAAUUUCUACUGAUAUCUGCGUUUUUGCAAAAUGAACAAAUAGGACACACUAUAGGUUAGAGAUCACAGAUUCUGUUUGUGAAAAAACAGGAACCUGUGCCGGAUCAGAAAAUGCUUGAAGGGUCGUGAGCAGCAGGAGAAAGAGGGCACUGGAAAGCGGGCUUUGGAGAAUCUUGAGAGUCUGGACAAGCUGCAGUGCAAAUUCAAGCUGAACUCCUACAAGAUGGUGUAUGUUAUAAAAUCUGAGGACUACAUGUACCGUCGCACGGCCCUGGUCAGGGCCCAGCAGGUAAGCAACCUUCCAGUUUACUAUGUAGAAUGUGAUGCAACGCAUGGGGGGGAAAGAGGAUGGAGGGUCCAACAAAUGGGCCACGGGGUGUCAGUUUUGUUAGUUCACUGGUUUACGGACGGAGCUUCAGAAAGCGACAAAAUACAUAGGACUGGGCUCCUUUUUAUGGCUGUGCCCAAAAUACUGUUUGCUUACAGCUAAUCAGUUCCUUGUGUCUAGACAUCAAAGUACGUACAAUAUGGUAGAAACAGUGUGAGGUAUGCUUGUCUAGUGGCUUAAGACAUUUGAUCCCUGACAUAUAGAAUAUAUAUAUAUAUAAUGUAUUGUCGUUUGGUACCUGUGAUUCAAGCUGCUGGGUUUUUUUUUUAGAACACUUCUUAAAGGAUAUAGCAGUAUUAUUGAUCAAAUACCUAGCAGACUUGGGACUAUAUGUUAAAUAAAACCUGAUGCUUUUUAUAUCACUCACAGGCUCUCACAGGAAUACAUGUACUAUCAUUUCACCAGCUAAAUUAGUGUUAUUCAGUGUUCAGUUACCAAUACAUCUUAUAGAGUGAUCACUAUGCAUUGUUGGAGAAUUUUCUUGUACCGUGUGUUUGUUUUUAUACCGAACCACAUGCAGCUGAUCAUUGCACACAGCCAAGACCGUCUCGUCUCUCUACUGCCAUUGUUUGGGUGAGGAAAGAUGAGAGACGAGUACUGUUUUAAUCCCUAAAAUUGUUUUUAAAAUAUUUAUUCUACAACCUUGUUCACCGUGCUAUAUUGUUGGCAAGAAAUUGUUAAAAACCAAAUAGUAAGCCUCAUGGGGGAACCCCUUCCAUUAGCACUUCUCAUUCAAAUCUUUUUAGCAUAACUAGCCCCUAAACUUGGGACAUACCAGCAAUUUCAUGUAUAGCCUGCUGAAGAAUUGAAAUGAUUAAUUAUUAAACAAAUUUACGUUUCUGUAGUUUAGAUUUUUUAUUUUUUUAAAUGUCACUAUUAUACUUACAAUAGUAUUAAUUAAAUAUAAUAUAGUUUCCCCCCUUUUUUAUUUCCAAAUUAGUGGUUUUAUUUAUCAUUAGUGAAUCAAAACAAGGCCCAUGUGUUUAGGGAUUAAAAUGUCAUAGUUGCUUUUGUCCAGAAGUAUACAAAAGCCCUGGUUAUGACGUUGUUGAGAAAUGCAAUCUCUUCAUUAUACAAUCAUAAUGCAUUAAUUUACUCUGCUCUCCUUUCAGUCUCACGAACGUGUCAGCAAGCGGCUUCACCAACGCUUCCAGUCCUGGCUCAGCAAGUGGAACCUGGAGCACGUCAGUCGGGAGAUGGCUACUGACACCAGGAAAUGGCUGAUGGGAGAAGGAGUUGAGGGCAUGGUGCCUUGUGCCACCACGAGGGACUCUGAGACACUCCACUUUGUGGACAUCAACAAGUACAGAGUCAAGUAUGGACCAGCAUUCAAAACCCCAUAAGGAAAUCGACAUCCGAACCAUCUUCCUCUAGUGGAACUUCGCAGAGGCUUGGAAAGCAGCAGCAUCAGUCUCAGCUAGAACAAUUGGAUACAGGGAUCGGAGUGUACAAACAGCACAUCCAGAAGUUUUAUUCACUUCUUUUGCUGCCAAAACAAGCCUUACUGGACUUGAGAAGGGAUUUAGUAUUACUGAAAAUAUCCUGCCAGCUACCCUUACCACGUAGUCCAAGCAGAUUUACCCCCAACCCCUUUAUGUAAAUACAAAAAAACUGUAAAUAACGUCAAAAAGGGUCCUUCCACACAUCCACUGUCCUUAUGUCAGCAUCUUAUUUUAUAGCUAUCGCUGUCUUAGUUUAAUCUUUUGUUAGUUAUCUUUGUAACAGUGGUACGGUGCCAUAGGGGUAACAUCUUACAAACCACCACCUCCUUUAUUACAGUUUCUACCAAAGGGAGUCUAUUGAACUGUGGUUUUUAAUAUCAAUAAAUGUCUGUAUAAUAUAUCUGACAUAUAUUAUACAUACACAUUAUACCCCUCAACUCCUUACUGCUGUCUCUCCAAGUGUGAUUUAUUUUUGAUUGCCUUCCCCCCACCCCCCACACAUGUCCCUUUUUUAAAAUACACAGUGUAAAUAAAGUAAAGGGUUUGUUAUGAAUAUUUUUAUCAUCAUUUUGUGAAAACCAAAGCGAG